UGAAAGAAUUACUGGAGAAUCAGACCACAAUGACGGAAAAGCGAGCACAGCUCGAUCGCGUCAAGUCCACGGAGGAGAAGGUGCGCGUGGAGAAGAUCGAUGUGGACGCAUUGAAAGUACAGGCCAAGGAAAUGAUUGCCAGCGGGCAGCAGAGUCAGGCGGCCUACCAGGCCCAGAAGGUGUUGGACAACUUCGAUGAAUUGUUUGGGAAGACACAAAAGCUGCUGUCGGACCGUCAGGAUCAGUACAGGGAUCAUCGUUUGUUCAAGGAGGCAUACGAUGAUCUCGUUAGCUGGAUAGGUCGUGCCCGGGAGAAGUUCCCCGCCCUGAAACAGAGCAGCUUGAGCGACAAACUGGCCAUUGAGAAUGCUGUUCAGGCCACAGAAGCCCUGCUCAAUAAGCAGGCCCAAGGGGAACUGUUGGUCGAGCAUCUAGUGCACACGGGCGAAGUGGUGCUCGCGAGUACCUCCACGCAGGGACAGGAGAUCAUACGGAAUGAUAUACGCGCCCUGCGCGACAGCUUUGAGAGUCUGUUCCGUGAGAUCAAUCAGCAGAAAGAGAACCUAGAGGUCACCAUGGUUCAGUGGCGUGCCUACAAAGAGGAGUACGAACGUCUCAUGGAAUGGCUGCAGCAGAUUGAUAUACUGGUCAAGAAUCACAAGCUCAAUCUGUGUCCCAAUCUGCCGGACAAGGAGAAGCAGGUCGCAGACAUGAAGGAUGUGAUGUCGCGACUGGAGAAGGGCAAAGAAGAUAUUGAUCGAUUCAAUGCCUCGGCUGCCAGUCUCCUCAAGUCCCAUCUGGAUACUUAUGUGAACAACCAACUGCGGCACCUGAGCUCUGUCUAUCAGGUCCAAGUAAAUCUGGCCAAGGAUGUGCUGAAAAAGGUCGAAACGAACCGAGAUCAGCAUCGCGAAUACGACUGCAACAUGCGGUCGGCCAAGGACUGGAUAGCCCAUGCCAAGACGGCCAUUCAGUCGGCCGGCGAUGGUGCUGGCUCCAAGGAGGCCCUCCAGCGCCGCCUCGAACAGAUUCAGGACCUGAUACGCAACCGGGAAGUGGGUCAAAAUCUGGUCCACACGGCCAUCAAUAAUGGUGAAAAGAUUAUACGCAACACGCGCUCGGAUGGCAGGGAUGCGAUCAACAGCGAAAUGAAGGAGCUGCAAACGGAGUGGGACAGACUUGUGAAGAAAAUGUCCAAUGCCAAGGUCCAACUGGAGACGAACCUACUGCAGUGGGCGGACUACAGCUCCAGCUACACGCAGCUGCAGCAAUGGAUCACCGACAGGGAGGCGAAGCUCCAGCAGGCCUGCGAGCAGAAGAUUGUCAAAUCAAAGCGGGGACAACCGGGUCUCAGUAGUGGCCUGAGCGAGCGCAAGGCCAAUCUCCGACAGACGAACAACAUUGUCCAGGAUAUUGUGUCCUUCGAGCCGAUGAUCCAGUCGGUCGCGUCCAAGGCUUCCGAUUUGCAGCAAGGAGCCCCAGCCACAGAGAUAUCCGACAAGUACGAGAAUCUCACAAAGCAAGCCAAGGAUCUCUAUGAGAAGCAGAAGACAACCAUCGAGAGCUACCAGUCGCUGAUCGAUGCCGGCAAUGACUUUGCCACAUGGCUGCGCAAUGCCAAGGAGCGGCUAAGCAAGUGCUCCGAGCCGACAGGCGACAAGCAGGCGCUCGCCGAGAAGACCCACCAGCUGAAGAUCCUCCAGGGCGAAGUGCCCGAGGGUGCGCAGAAGCUAAAGAAUGCCCUGGAGCAGGGCGAGAUUGCCUGCCGCAGUGCGGAGCCCGAGGAUUGUGAGAUCAUAGAGCAGGAGGUGGCCCUACUCCAAGAGGAGUUCGAUGCAUAUGUGGAGGCCUUGAACAAGGCCAAGGACUACCUGGAGGUGGGAAUUGUUAAGUGGUCCGACUACCAGGAUCAGUACACCGAAGCCCUGGAGUGGCUGAGCAAAACAGAGGCUCUGGUACAGUCCUACAACAAGUUGCAGGAUAGCCUCACACAAAAGAAGGUCGUCCUCGAGCAAUUCCAGGGACAUUUGCAGACCCUCUUCGACUGGCAGAAGACCCUCGAUCAUUUGAAUAUGAAAGCCCAAGUGCUGCUGGAGACCUGCUCCGACACGCGCAUCAGCAAUGCCAUCAUGCAGCUGACGACCAAAUACAACGCCCUGUUGACCCUGGCCAAGGAGGUGAUGCGUCGCCUGGAGAUGCACUACCAGGAGCAUCAACAGCAUCACUCCCUCUACGAGGAGUGCCAGUCGUGGAUCGAGAACACGCGCGAGAAGCUGGCCGACUGCGAGCACAUACCCAGCACCCUGAAUGAAGUCCAGAUCAAACUGAACACCGUCAAGAAUCUCCGCCAAGGCUUCGAGACGGGUCAGAACAAGCUGCGGUAUCUGCUGGAGCUCAAAGAAAAGGUGAUCAUGAACACGGAACAGAAUGGUGCGGCCAAGAUUCAAGAAGACACCGAGGCCCUCAAGCAGGACUUUGAUAAGCUGCUGGUGGAUCUUAACGAAGUGCGCCAGAAGUUGGCCAACCGCUUGGCCCAGCUGGAGGAGAUCUUCAAGCUGUACAAGAUCCUUAUCGAGUGGCUGGACGAGACCGAGCCCAGUGUCAAGGCCAGCGAUGAGUAUCUCAAUGAUUUAAGCGAGAAACGCGCUGCCCUCGAGAAAUUCCGCGUCAUCCAGCGUGAUAUCAACGGACACAACGACAUUGUGGAGAAGAUCAAUCUGCGUUUGCGUGAGGACAAUAGCCUGGAUGUCAACGACUUCCAGCCGGGUCUCGGCAAAUUCGAGAAUCUUCAAGGGGAGGUCAACAAGAUCAUAGAGUCCCUGGAGAACCAGGUCAACAGCCACGAGAAGUACAAGCAGGCCUACAAUGAGCUGCAGGACUGGCUGCGUCGCACUCGCAUCGAUGUGGAGCAAUGCGCCGACUGCCAUGGCGAAAAGGAUCAGGUGGAGAGUCGUCUUAAUCGAUUGGGUGACAUACAGGCCACCUCUCUGGAGGGCAAAUCCCUGCUGGAUGCCUGCGAGGAGCUCAGUCAAGCAGUCAUAGCCACCAGCGGCCGCGAGGGUCAGGACAAUGUGGCGCAGGAGAUCAAACACUUGACUGCCGAAUGGGAGACCCUCCAGGCAAUGUCGCGUGAUGCGCGCAGCAGUCUGGAGGCCUGCCUCAAUGCCUGGCAGACCUUCCUGCAGAAGUUCAACAAAAUCAAUCUGUGGAUCGAGACGAUGAGCAAGCGCGUUACCAAAUCACAGGAAGCCGAAAACAAAACCACCGAAGAUUUGGUUAAUGCCAAGAAAUUACUCGAGGAAGUGCUCGCCGAGAAGGACAAUGUCGAGGAUUUGAACGACAACUGCGAGCUCUUGAUGGAGCAGAGUGCUUGUACACGCAUACGCGAUCAAACUAUUGAAACGCAGGCCAAUUACACCAAACUAUUGACCUCUGCCCAGGGCCUGGUGGCCAAGAUCGAGAAGAAUCUGUCGGAUCACACAGAGUUCCUCAACUACAAGAAGGAAAUGGAUGGUUGGAUAGAGAAAGCACAGCAAGUUCUCAACGAUUGCAGUACCGAUGGGGAUGCUUCGAUCAUAGCCCAGAAAUUGGAUACAGUCAAUUCUCUGACUUCUCGUCUGCCCGAGGGUCAGCAUUUGUUGGCCUUGGUGCAAGAUGCCUACUCGAAGGCCUCCAACAUCACGCCCGAGGACAAGCAGGAGAAACUGCGCGAACUAAUGACCAAAGUGCGCGAGGACUGGGAUGCCUUGGGUCUGGCUGUCAAGCAGAAGUUGAGCGACCUGAAGCAAGCCCAGAAUCGCUGGAGCGACUUUGCCGCCAACAAGGAGAAGCUCGAGAAGUGGCUAAGCGAGACAGAGAUGACGCUGAGGGCGGCGCCCGAGACCAAGGGAGAGCUUAGCGAAAUGAAGACUCUUCUCGAGCGCUACAAGACGUUGGGCAACGAGCUGAAGCAGAAGGGCAACGAUCUGGAGCAGCUGCAGUCGGAGGCCCGGGAGUUGGGCACCGAAGUGGAUGCCGUCAAUCGUUUGCAGUCGCGUUGCGACAAGCUAAAGAACGAUUGCUCGUCGCACAUUAAGGCUCUCGAGCAGGAGAUGCUCGACUACAAUGCGUACCAUCAGAGUUUGCAGGAUGUGGAGAAGUGGCUGCUGCAGAUCUCCUUCCAGCUGAUGGCCCACAAUUCGCUGUUUAUCUCGAAUCGCGAACAGACCCAGGAGCAGAUCAAACAGCACGAGGCAUUGCUCUCUGAAAUUCAGAAGUAUCAGACCAAUCUGGAUGACCUGAAUGCCAAGGGUCAGGCGCAGAUUAAACGCUAUGAAUCCACCACUCCAGCCAUCCGUCCCACGGUCGAGUCGCAGCUGAAGAACAUCCAGGACAGCUACAACUCCCUGCUGCAGACCUCAGUGCAGAUCAAGAAUCGCCUGCUGGAAUCACUGGCAAAGUUCCAGGAGUACGAGGAUACCCUCGACAGCAUCAUGCGGAAUCUGGAGGCCUACGAGCCGAUCAUUCAGACCGAACUGGAUGCACCGGCGACCAGCUUGGAACUGGCCCAGAAUCAACUCAGGUGCGCCCAGGAAAUGCAGCACAAGUUGAACAACGAAAAGUCACGACUGGCAGCCGCCGUGCAGGCCUGUGAAGCCGCCACUGCCUCGAUUAGUCGUCCCAGCUCUCCGCUGGAGACGGCCAUGCAGGCCAUACCCGAACGUGAAUUGAUUGUGCGCGCCAAGCUUGAAGAUCUGCUGGAUCAGGUGCAAUCCCAUUUGGGUGGUUUGACUGCAUCCGUUGGCGAAUUGGAGCAACAGCAGAAGCAGCGCGCCGAGCUGCAGGAUUGGGUUAAGAAGCAACAGAGCUCCGUCUCUGACUGGUCGAUGCGUCCAAGCAAACUCCGUCCCGAGGCGGCACAACAGGAGCUUGUGGCGAUGAAUGAUCUAUUGAAUUCCAUUGGCGACAAACGCUCGCAAUUGAUGCUGGAAAUGACUGGAUCAUUGGGCGAUGAGGACACAGAUUUGGAUGACAAUAUCGACAAGCUGGAAUCGGAGCUAAUGGAUGCCAUUGCCAAGAAGCAGGCGGGCCAGAAUGUCAUCGAUGGCUACCGCCAGGGCAUGCAGGAUGUCCAAAAUUGGUUCGACACACUCAUCAAGCGCAUGGAUGUCCUGGAUCGCGGAUCGGGCCUGAAUUGUGCCCAAAAGACGGCCGCCAUUAAUGAAAUCAAAAACGAAUACGAACUCCAGGGUCAUCCCAAGAUCCAGGAGCUCAAGGGUAAAGCCGCACAGGUGGCAGAGGUUAUCAGCAAUCUGGAUGGCCAGCAGGUCGAAGAGCAAAUGAAAUCUCUGGAUCGUCGCUUUGCCGAUCUCGGCAAGCGCAUCGAUCGCAAGGCCCAGCUCCUGGAUGUCACCAACAAGGGUGUGGAUGGAGCCAAGGGUGAGAUUGACCAGCUCCAGAAUUGGGUGAAGCAACAGAUCGAAGAGCUGCAGGCCCCCAAUCCUCUGGGAUACACACCCAAGGAUGCCGAGGCGCGUCAGCAGAAGAUCAAGAGCCUGAUGAAGGAUGCCGAAGCAAAGCAAUCCCUGGCUGAUGUCCUCGAGAAGCGUAUUGCCAACAUGCAGCCGGAAUUGGAGCCAGCAGAGUACUCCCAACUGGAGUCUGCUCUGAGGAACCUCAACACGGAGAAUCGUAAUCUGGCUGGCGUGCUAAAGGCCGAACUGGAUCGCGCUCUGGAGGCUAGCAAGGCACGAAAGGGCCUGGAAAACGAUCUGGACAAGGCCCGUCAAUGGCUCAAGACAAAGAUCUCGGAGGUGCGCAAGCUACCCGUCUAUCAUCCAUUGACCUCUGGAGAGAUUGAGAAGAAACUGCAGGAGAACAAAAAAUACGACGAUGAUGCCAAACAGUUCAACGACAGUGUACUCAGCGAUGUCCAACGUCAGGCAGCAAACAUCAUGAAGGAUUGCGAUGACGGGGACAAGGCUGCCCUACAGCAGAUCCUCGACGAAAUAGCCGCCGACUAUCAGACCCUGAAGGACGAGAGCAGCAAGCGAGGCAAAUCUUUGGACGAUCUACUCCAGGGACGCAAGGCCUUCGAAGACUCGAUGAAGAAGAUGGGCGACUGGCUGAACGAAAUGGAAACGGCCACCGAAGGUGAGCUAAGGACCACCAGUUUGCCUGUCCUGGAAGAGCAACUGGCGCACUACAAGAAGCUGCUACAGAAUGCCGAGAAUAUGGGCGGCCUCUGCAACGAUGUAUCCGAGCAGGGCAAGAGUAUCUUGCCAACCCUAAGCAAUGCCGAUAAACUCAAACUAAACGAUGACAUUAAGAACAUGAAGGACCGCUAUGGACGUGUAAAGAAUACCAUCGAUGACAGGGUUAAUGCCUUGGGCGACCACAUCAAGAAGUACAAGGAUGCCAAGAGUCGUUUGGCCGAUUGCAGCCAGUUCUUGAGCACCAUUCAGCAGCGCAUGCGUGAGCUGAAUCGCCCGAUUGGCUCGAGGAUCGAGGAUGUCCAGGAUCUGUUGGGUGCCUACGAGGGUAUACUCAAGGAACUGAAGGACAGCAAGAGCAAGAUGGGUGACAUGCAGAUGGAUGAUCUGCCUGAAUUGCAGAGCAUUUUGGCCCAACAGGAUGAUAUGAUCAAGCUGAUUGAAGACCAGUUGGCCCAUCUCCGGCAGCUUUUGCUGCUUCGCGAACAGUUUAUUGCGCUGAUCAAUGAGAUCAUAUCCUUUAUCAUGAAGUACACCGAUGUAAUCAUUGACAUUGAGAACUCCCCCGACAGCCUGGAGGAUAAGAUCAACAAGUAUGACGAUGUGAUUGUCAAAAUUCAAGAGUGCGAGGGUGUCCUGGCUUCGGCCAACGACAAGGGCCAGAAGAUCGCCUCCGAGGGCAAUGCGGCCGACAAGAACAGCAUCACUGAGCAGCUGCAGUCUCUGAAAAACCAACUGCAGAAUCUCCGCAAGGCCGUGGAAUCACAGCGACAGAAGCAUCAGCUUCAGCUGGAGUCCCACAAGAAGAUGGGCGCGGAGCUAAGCGAGAUUCUCGACUGGCUGCACAGCCAUGAGGGCGCGGCCAAGUCCCGUCCCCUGCUCGAUCGUGAUCCAGAGUCGGUGGAGCGUGAGCUGCAGAAACACCAGAGCCUCAGCCAGGACAUUGACGCCCAUCUGCAGAAGUUCAACAAGAUUAACGAUGGCGUAAAGACGGAAAUCGGAAUGCCCAGCUCUCUGCUGGAAAUGCUUUCCGAGGGUCGUUCCCUGGUGGCCUCCCUGCCGCACGAGCUCGAGGAGCGCGAGAAGUAUCUGAAGAACAACCGCGACUCCCGGCUGGAGUACAUGCAACUGGUGGCCAAAUUCAACGACUGGGUCCACGAGGCUGAGCUGCGUCUGCAGAACAGCCAGCAUGGCAUCGACUAUGAGCAUCUGGUCCACGACCUGGACGAGCACAAGAUCUUCUUUGGCAACGAGGCACCCAUCCGCAAUCUGGUGCACAAGCAGAUCCAAGAGGCAGCCGACAAGAUCUGGUCGUCGCUCAACAACUACGAGCAGUCGGAGUUAUCUUCCGAAUUGGCCCAGUUCCAGAACAAACUGACCAACACCCUGGCCAAUGCCAAGACGCAGCAGAGCGAACUGGAGCAGGAGGCCGAACGCUGGCGCGAAUAUCAGCAAUCGAUUGACCGCGUCAAGGCCACCAUUGAGCGCACCAAAUUCAGCGAUGAACCCGUACAGAAUUUGGCCGGAGUGCACUUUAACAUACAGAAGCUGUCGCAUGCCAUUGGAAAUGUUCAGAGUCAAAGCAGCGACCUUUCUCUGGUUAACCAACAAUCGCAGGCCCUCAUACGCCAGGCGGACGCACGCAAUCGUCAAUUGAUUGAGAAGGAUAACGGUGACCUGAAUCGCUUGUGGCAGGAACUGGUACGCAGUCUCGAGCAGCGUCGCGAUAAUCUGCAACAGUUGGCCGAGCACUGGGAUAGCUUUGAGAACAGCUUGCACGGCUGGGAGAAGGCAUUAGGUCGACUAGAGGAUAAGUUCCGCAAUGUCGAUCCAACUGUAAGAUCCCGACGUCAUUUGGAAGAUACAAAGAAUGCCAUUCAGGAAUUACGUGAAGAAUCAAAUCAACUUAAAUCAUCACAUAAAGAAAUCGAGACUCUCUCAAAAUCCAUCCUCACAUUCCUUGGGGAAGUACACAAACCCUCGGCGGAGGCCAUACAGGCCAAAGUGGAUAAGUUAGUUGAACAGCAGGCCAAAUUGAACGACACGCUACGCGAGAAGGAGCAACAGGUUAGCCAGGAUCUCGACGAGAUCGAGCAAGUCUUCCGUCACAUUUCGCAGCUGCAGGACAAGUUGAACGCCUUGAACGAUCAACUGCAAUCGAUACACGUCUACGACGAGCACAUUGCCCAAACGGAACAGGCCCUGAUCACCCUCAACAGCCAGGUGCAGCAGGCGGCCGAGGAGAGUCGUUUGCUGGUUAGCCAGACAACGGCCAAAUAUCAGGCCAAGCAGAAUCUACUGCCCAGCGACAUUGCCCAGGAGUUUACCGCUCUUGAGUUGCUUUCGGAACGUGUACAGGUGACGAUGGAGACCAAAGAGAAGGAUUUCAAGCGUGCCAAGACCGUGCGCACCGAGUAUGUGGCCGGUGUGGAUGAGAUCCAGCGCUGGCUGCUGCAGGCCGAAGUGCAGGUGCAGGAGCGCACCCUGAGUCCCACACAGAUGAAGGAGCUGCUGCAGCGCAUCAACCAUGAGAUCACCGCCAUAUACGAACGCUUCACCCUGGUCAAGACCAACGGCCAGCUGAUUAUCGAGAAUUGCCGCAACAGUGAGGAGAAGACACUGGUGCAGACGACCAUCGAUCAGUUGGCCGCUUCCCUGGCCCAAGUUCGGGGCUGGUUGGACGAGAAGAAGCAGGCGGUGGGCGAUAGCCUGGAUGCUUGGACGAGAUUCAUGAAUCUGUAUCAGAUUGUCAUGUCCUGGGCGGCGGAGAAGCGUACGUUUAUCGACCAGUCGAUCGACUUGCGCACCCUGCCCGAGGCCAGGAACAAACUGAACGACUAUGUGGCGGCUGUGAAGAGUAUUAAACCGAUUGUCAAGCAUUUGAGCGAAAUGGAUAAGGAACUGGAACACAUUGGCCAAGUGACGACUGUGGGCGAUCUCAAGGAUAAACUGCAGGAGGCCGAGGAUGCGAAGAUAACCGUGGAAGCUGUGCUGCUGGAGAGGAACUCUCUGCUGCAAGAGGCCUGCGAGGAAUGGGAUCAAUGCGAACGCAAAAUCAAGGACAUACGCGCCUGGCACGAGAAGACCAAACAGGGCCUGGACUCGUCGCAGCAGCAGAAGAAACCGCUGCGCGAUCAGCUUGGGUUCUGUGAGAAGACCCUGGCCGAUAUAAAUGUGCAAAAAACAAAACUGAGACUGUCUAUCGAGAAGCUGGAGGUUCACUUCCGCAAUGGCAUGGGUGGUGAUCCACGCCUUAGCGAGAAUGUUGACGAUCUGGUGCGCGUGCUCGAUGGCUUGGGUGAAUUGGUGAAGGCCAAGUCCCAGAGCCUCGAACAGACGCUCGCCCAGAUCGAUGUCUACCAGCAGCAGAUGCAAACGCUGCGGCAGCGCAUCAUCCAGGAGGAGCAACAGCUGCGUCUGGUGAUGGCGCCCACCUACUUGCCACACGAUCGUGAGCGAGCAUUAGCCGAUCAACAGGCAAUGCGGGAAUCAAUCGAUGGCAUGCAGCAGAUCUACGAUGCAACCGCCAGAAAGUCCUAUGCUCUGGAUCCCCAUUCAGUGGUAACCACUUCAUCGACUGUGUCGUUGCUUAUGAAGCCAACGGCCGUAGGUUUGACCUAUGCUGAAGUGUUAUCGGGACAAACGAGUCCGGUAAGCGGUAAUGAGACGACCCAAACAGCAGCCCCAACGAGAAAACCCAGACAAGAACGAGUAUCCUCCCCAGCUACGACACAAACAACAACAACGACAACGAACUGGCAAGAACAACAACACCACCAAGAAACGACAAACAAUCAGACAACAAUUACAACAACCAUUACGACUACGACAACAUCCACGACUUUAAAACGUACGCACGACAAAGACCAGAUCGAACUGCACGGAGGCGGUAUAACCACUGCGAUCUAUGAGAGCAGAGAUCUGGUUCAGGUUCCCCCCCAACAGGUUACACCAACACCACCAAUCGAGAGUUAUGUGGAGUCGAUCGAGAUCAGCAACAGCAACAGCAGCAGCAGCAGUAGCACGGCACAACAGCAACAAGUUCCUAACCAACCUCAGACUCAACCUCAAUCAACCACCACCAACCCCAUCAGCAGUCAACAGUUCAUUGACAGCGAACAGCAAUAUCAUGUGAAAACGGGUAAGAAUCUACAACCUCCCAAUCGGCCAGAACGUCGCGGACGUUCGCCGAGACGUCGACGAGAGCCACCUACAAUCCAACAGGAGCAGCAACAGCAGCACCAGCACCAACAGGAGCAGCUCUUCUUGCCAUUGGACGAUCGUACCCGAUCGAGUAGCCCCAUGUGGGUGCCCGGUUCGACGUCCUAUGCGGAGGUAUUGCGCGGGCUGGAACUGGAGCGUCUCAAGCAGCAGGCAGCCGAGCAAAUGGCCGCCCAAGGCGUCCAGAGUCAUACGGCGGAUCUCACCAUACAGGAUGUGGUGGAUGCCAGUGCCGCCGUAGCGGCCAGCAUGUAUGUCCCCGAAGCAGAGCCAGAAAUUAUCGAGGAACCAACAACACACCAGCAAUAUAUCAGCGAAGUCAAUCCAGAACAUGUCUAUGUUCCUACCCAACAACAGCAGCAGCAACUGCCACAACUUGUAGAAAGUGCCAACAAUUACGAGGUGCCCAUGACAGCGGAGGAGAUUGCCGCCACUUACUUGCAGCCCGAUCCACAGCUGUAUCAAACGAUGUACGAGAAUGUGGCCGAUAGUGGCCAGUGGGGCUAUGUGGCGAAUGCCAGUACAGUGCCCCAGCAGGAGCAGCAGCAGCAGCAACCGCAGAACUACUAUGAACAAAUCCUGCAGAUGCAAUAUCCCCUGCAAUAUCAGACCGUGGCAGUACAGCCGGCGACAACACAGUUUCAACUGCUGCCCGGCUACUACCAGCCCAUAGCCACAACCGACACUUACUCAACGCUCUAUCCCACAGAGCCAUCGCAGAUUUACUUUACCCAACCGACGGUAGAGUAUUCGCAGGAGUAUCAAACGCAGCAACAACCUCAGCCUCAGCAGGAAAUAACCAACCAAACCGUAGUCUAUCAACCGGAGACGGUAGAGCAGACCUAUCUGCUAGAUCCCUACAGUGUACAGGAAUCGACGACAGGUAACAGCGUGCUGGAUCGCGUUGUCACCACACUCGCUUCGAUGGUGCAACAGAGCACGGAACCAUUGACCACCAGUACGCAGCAGAUUCAGCCCACUGUGGUACAGAUCGAACCCGAAGAAGACCCCCAGUAUUAUAUCGAAGAGAAUGUGCAAAUACUGAGGUCAGUGGAGCCACAGGAGUUUGAGGUUGACGAGCCACGACCAGACAUUACCUUUGGGCAGUUUGAGAUGGAUGCCAUUGAGACGAUACCCGUUGAUGUGCAACCACAGCCACAAGUGCAGGCCCAGCCUCAAGUCCAACCGCAACAGCAAUCCACUGUCGUAACGACAACAAGCUAUGUUCAAGAAACUGUUGUCUCAGAACAGACGACGGAACAGCCAACUGUGAUAACUCAGCAGGUCCAGACUCGAUCAGAAGUCCCCGAAACGACCCCAGCGACCACAGUCACUGUGCGUCCCCAAGCCCAACGUGUACAGCAGCCAACCCAGCCACAGGAUAUCAGUGCCGGUAGUACUUAUGCCGAAGUCCUGUUCGGUCUACAGCACAAAGAACUGCAACAGCAAUCAGUUUUCCAGCCAUCCAGUCAGCAGCUACAGCAGAUACCCGUACGCUUAUCGCCGCCAACACAACGCAGAGCAACAGCUGAACACACAACCAAUACGAAGCAUACAACAGUUACUACCACAACGAUUACCAACUCAAGAAGAUCGCCAACUUGGGAGCGCAGGGACGAUAAUAUUGAGUCCAGGACAUCGCGUCCAAAGCGAGUGCGACAUGAAACGCAUCCCGAACCAUUGCCGAUCAAGGUGAGCACCCGUAAGGAUACCAAAUCGAGCAAGAAGCACAGAUCUCCGGAGAGCAAUGGUGUGGAAAGCACGAAAGUGGUGCAAGAAGUGGUUGAAGAACCCACCAAACAGCCAGAGCCAAAGCCAAGAAAGUCAAAGAAAUCGAAAAAGACAACCGACAAUGCAACAAUUGUGGAUGUAGUCCAGUUGGUGGAGCCCAAAGUAGAAGCACCAAUGGUGUCCAAUAAGGAGAAAAAUCAGAAUUCCCCCAGUCUGGAGAAAAAGCAAUCCUCUCCUGUUCCUAAGAAGGAAUCACCUGCUGUGGAGCGAAAGCGGAACUCUCCUAUAGCAAGCCGAAAGAUAGCAUCACCUGUUCUGGAGAGAAAGCAAACCGUGGUAGAGACUACUGUUACCGCCACCCAAACGGUUGACCCUGUUGUGUUGGAGGUCAGUUUAGCUCCUGAGCCAACAUCAAAGAAGGAAAAGAAGCAAACCGCUAAACCAGUAGCGGAAAAGGCUCACAUCAGCAAGCAAUCUGGAGAACCAGUCAAGGAAAAGGCAACUGUAAAGUCCGAAGUGGUUGAAGUGAAGGAGAAAGUUGAAACUGUCGUAGCUAAAAAGGAUGUUCCAGCUCCAGUUGCGCCCUCCCGGAAGGAAAAGAAACAGUCAAAGACGACAGUGGAGAAGGUUGUCAUCAGCAGCACCAAAUCUGUUGAACCAAUCAUCGAAAAGGAUAUUGUGAAAACAGUCAUCGAACAGAAGAUUGUGGAACCAAUCCUCGAAAAGGAUAUUGUCGAAACAGUCAUUGAAAAGGAGAUUGUGGAACCAGUCAUCGAACAGAAGAUUGUGAAACCAGUCAUCGAAAAGGAAAUUGUGGAAACAGUCAUCGAAAAGGAGAUUCUGGAACCAGUCAUUGAAAAGGAGAUUGUAGAGCCGGAGCCCGUUGCAGAGAAGAAAAUUGAUGAGCCUGAAGUUACAGCUUCGACACCCACAAAGAAGGACAGAAAACGUUCCAAGAAGGAGGACAAACCUGAAACUAUCUCUAAGAUAGAGGUAGCCGUUGAUCCGGUGGAGGAUGUUCCAGUGAUUGUUGAUUCAAAAACCACAACAGAGACUAUUACGGUAGUCACUGAAAGCAAUGUUGUGGCCGAACCCAAAGUUAAGUUUGAGGAAACAGUUCAGAAAACGGUUGAAAUACCAAUUGCAGAAGUUAUACCUGCAGUAACAGCACCUGAGCCAGUAAUUGAACCCGUAAUAGUGGCUAGAACGGUGUCAGAGCCCGUGGAAAUUCCCUCACAGGAUUUAAUUACAACCACAGAAACGCUGACAGAAGCCCUGAAUGGUAGUCCAGUAUUGCAGGAGAGUACGUCCGUAAGUCCCGUCUCUACGGAAAUCAGUGAGACCAUCACUGAGGGCGAACCUGCAGUCACGAUAUCGACCAACACAAUAUCAACGGAAAGUGGAACCACAACCAUCACCACGCGUACAAUAACCAAACACAUAACAAAGCGUAUAGUCAAGCGCAUUGUGGAUGGUAAAGAGGAGAUUGUCGAGGAAGAUGUUAUUGAUGAUUUGCCCGAGGAGAAUAUCUCCGUGCAGCAGUUCAAUCUGCCGACAAUUGAAACCACAAGUAGCGAGGUGCCCGUUGAUGUGACUGGACUCUUGACCACACAGGAUACCAUCGUGCAACAGGGAUCGAUAACCAAGACGACGAUUACCAAGACAAAACGCAUACUAAAGCGUAUCACCGAGGACGGGGAGGAAAUUGUUGAGGAGGUCUUUGAGGAUGAACCAGAAGUGGAGAGAGAUGUAACGCUGCUGCCUACGACAGUGGUAACAUCUUCGUUUACCACAACGGAGGAGAAACAGCAUCAAUCUAACAUCGAGGAGGCUGCCCAGAACGUGGUUGCGGAAGUCAUCAAAAAAGCCGAAGCGAUAACCCAACCGGAAGAGCAAAAGUCAACUAGUGAGGACAAUAAAAAGGCCAAGAAGGAACAGCCCAUUUCGGGACCAGAGAAACCAUUAUUGGUUAUAGAGCCGGAAGCAACGAAGGAAGUUGCGGAGGAACCGCAGCAAAAGAAGCCCCAAAAGCCUUCCCGUAAGGACAAGAAGAAACACAAGAAAUCGGAAAACGAAGCCCCCACACCCAUUGUCCAAAAGAUAGCCGAAGUUAUCGAGCCACAGCCACAACAAGAAAUCACAGAGCCCCUGAACAUAACAAGUGCAAUUACUACGGAUGAGAGACAAACGCUGUCAUCGGAAGGAUCUGCUGUCAAUAGUGAUGAUGGCAGCAGCCUCAUCAAGACGACUGUCAUUCGUACAACCAAAAUCGUCAAGAAAAUCAGCAGCAGUCAGCAAGAUAGUCAGGAUAUGUCAUCUUCCACGCACUCGGACGUCCAAUCCCUGGGCUCCUUUGACCUGGCCGAAGAAGCUGUCGAACAGAUCGAACCGAAGAUUGAGAAAUCCGAGACGAACAGUCGCGAAAUAAGCGAUGAGGGUGUGGUCAAGACAACUAAAACCACAACCACUCGGACCAUCAAAAGCCCAAAAACCGAGGAAGUACCCGUUGAAGCUACAUGGGAAGUGCCAACUGAAGAGGAGCCUGCAGUCGCCUCUCGUUCGGAGAUCGAGGAGCCUGCCGAGGGUGGUGUAGUAAAAACCACCAUUGUGCGCACUACGAAAAUCGUGAAGAAGAUUUCCCAGGAGAAUGAAAAUAUAAGCGAGACAAGCAGUGAAGCCGAGACUUCUCUGGACUUCAUUCAGGAUGCUCCCCUAGUGGCUGAAUCCGUGACCACGGAAUCCAACAGUGAGGGCAUCACAAAGACCACAACUACACGAACCACAAAGGCUGUAAAUAAGAGUGUAGAUGAAGAAGCUCCAGUUGCUCCGGAAGAUAAGUGGCUGACCACAUCAACAGCUAUUCCUAACGUGCCGGAUUCGACUGAAAUAAAGACAACCAUUCUAGAUUUUAUUUCUGCAGAACAGAACGCAACACAAACGAUUCCAGAACCGGAACAACUCAUUGUAGAAUCCUCUGAAGUUGCAGCUCCUAUUUCAGAACAACCUCAGCAUGGAAAUGGUAUAGUUCAGGAAAUACUGGUGUCAGAGCCAGAUAACUCCGGGGUUGGUGAUGUUGUCAAGACAACAAUUACGCGAACAACGAAAAUUGUCAAGAAAAUAUCGCAAAGUAGCGAAGAACAAAGCGUUAGUGAGAUCGUUGAAGCUCCAGAAUCGGAUCAAGCGCUGCCUGUUGCUCAAGAGGAGGCGAUAGGUGGUGGUGUAACCAAAACGACAACCGUGCGUACGACAAAGAUCGUGAAGAAGCUCAACGAAGAUGGUGAAACCACCAAAGAGGAGAGCAGCAGCACUACCAGUGAGCCUCCCGUCACAGUCCGUGAAUCAUCGCCAACGAUUUCAGAGAUUCCCAGUGAAACCUCCACCACAUCUAGUCAAAUCGAUGGAGCGAUUAUCAAGACCACAACGAUACGCACGAUGCGCAUUACCAAGAGAAUAACCAAUGACGGACGCAUACUCCUGACUGAAAGUGACACACCGGGCGAUGUUAUUGUGACAUCAAGCAUCGAAAUGCCAGAUCAAAGACCAGUGAGUCCGGUUGUAGCCACAGCCUCUUCCCCUGUCGUUGUUACUCCCAGUAACGAGUUUAAGUUGGAGAAUUUAGGGGCAACAAACAUUCAGUUGGGAUCAGUUAAAGAUAGUCCCACUGGGGUGAAGGUCAUCGGCAUUGAGACAAACACUGUCGAUGUGCCGAACCUAAGGGAACAGAUCAGAACCGAAAGUAAGACAAACGGGGAUAUAAACGAAACCGAUAGUGUUACCACUACUACGACGACUACCAGAAAUACGAUACUCACGACAACCCAACGACGCAGCUUCGAAACCGAAGAUGGCACAAAUGUUCUUUUCGUGGGAGAAGGCAUUGACGGUGCCUAUCCACCGGGCACAGUCCAAAAGAUAUCCCUUAUCACCCAUGAAGAAAAGCUGAAGACACCGAUUGUGAAAAUGCAUCUAGAUUUUCCAGAGGUUAGUCUUCGUGUGACCGAGACGGUGACGGAAAAUGUGGAGUCUCUGCAAAGAACGACCGAAAGUAGUCAAAACUCUGUGGUUGAGGUAUUGCCAGAGACAGCAGAGCCCGUUUUAGAACCCAUUUCAACAGAAAUCCAGUCUGAGGAACUUGUCAAGAUUACAGAUUCAACAGAAACUGUAUCAGUGACGAGUAUUGCCUCUGCGGAGAUCAUUCCCGAGCCCCUUAAAGAGUCUAUCCAACCAGAAGACGUUAAAAUUACAGAAGCUACUCAAGAGAUACUGGUCCCUGAAGUUAGCAAGCCCCUGUCCCCUGCAGAAUUGAGUCCCGAAGAGCAGCAGCUGUUCGAGGACAUUCAGAAGAAGCUCUCUAAGAAAGACAAGAAGAAACGUCCGGCUAUACCCGAAGAAUUCAUUAAGCAAGAGACAGUUCAGAUUACUGUAGAAGAAAGCAAAGGUAAUGAUAUCAUUGAUGAGAAACAGGUCAUAACCGAAGUCGUCCCCUCAGUCCUCUCGGCUGAACCCGAGCAGUUGGUACCCAAUAUUUCUCAAGAUGAGGCUUUGAUAUCCAGCGUUAAGCUGAUCGAGCAGACUAAAGCAGAUAUUAUUUAUCGUGAAACUAUUGAGGUUACGCCAGUCCCUGAAAUUGCCCCCAUUCCAAGUCCAAGUCAAGAAGAAGUUCUAGUAGAUACUCAGUUAAGCCCCAGCCCAGCUCCUACUAAAACCGCUAAUCAAACUGUUCCUGCCCUAUCGAGCGCCCUAAUUGCUGAGCCAUUUGUAGCUAACACGGUAAGCACUCUAAGUACUAUCAUUAAUAUUGAACAAAACUCUGCACUUGAUAAAAUCUUUGAAAUUCCCACAUUUGAUAUACUUAAACUUAAUAUUGCUGAGGUUAAUUAUCACAUAAUCAAUUCCAAGGCUAAAGAAAUCGAUCAAUCGGCAUCCGUUCAAUCAGUAGAGGUUCCGUCGCCAAAGACGGUAAGCUUUGCAGACGAACCCGAAACUAUCACCAAAACGUCAGAGUCUUCUGCUAUCUCUCUUGAAAUCGAAACUUACCCUGCAAUUUAUAAUUUUGAAGUUCCUAAGUACGACAUUAUUUCACUCAACAAGGCAGAACUUUUACAAAAAACUGUAGAAGCCACAACGGUUCUAACAGAAACCACUUCAACAACAGAAGAAAUUCCUACUAAAAACGAAAUUGAGAGUGUCACACGAAAAAUCGAAACAGUCCCAAAAACACUGCAAGAAGAAUCACUUCCAGAAAGCAUAACAAAUAUACCCAAUAUCUUCAACUUUGAAGUACCCAAGUACAACAUCAGUGAAUACAGCAAGGCUGAAACUCUCUUCAGAGUCUCCGCCGAACCGAUAUCUCCCACUGAAAUAGUUCCCGAGCGGGAUAGUACUCAAACCGAAAAGAAUACUACCACGAUUACUACAACAACAGUUACAAAAACCAUCAAGGAGGUGCUCGAGACAAACACACCAAACGACACUCCUGUUGUCGAAGAGGUUCCCAAGUCAGUACUGCCAGCUCCAAUAGUUGAAGCUCCAGUGGUUGAAGAUUUCAAGACAAUCACAACGGUCACCACUCAACCAGAGCCAAUCGUCGAAGAGGUCAAACCUAUUCAACCAGUGGUUGAAGAGUCCAAGACAAUCACAAACGUCCCUACCAUUCCUGAGUCACAAAAGGAUGUUCCUAUCGUCAAAGUUACCCAGUCAGUGACCAUUGUCGAGGAGGUCAAACCAGAGCCAGUUGUUGAAGCUCCUGUGGUUGAAGAUUCCAAGACCAUCACAACUGUCACUAACAUUCCUGAGCCACAAAAGGAUGUUCCUGUCGUCGAUGUGACUAUUGUCGAGGAGGUCAAACCAGAGCCAAUUAUUAAAGCUCCAGUGCUUGAAGAGUCCAAGACCAUCACAACCGUCACUACCACAACCACUGUAAGUGAGACAGAAACAGCUAGCGAAGUGUCUAUUCCUGAAGAGCCUCAACAGCCGGAACCCAUUAUAUUGCCAGAACAGCCAAAGAAGCCGGCAUACGCCGGCUUGCCUGUGGACGACUCAUCUAGCUCAUGGAUGGACGUCCUGGACGAACCCAUGAACUUCUCCGAUGACGAAGAGGAAGCUGUCCCUGAGCCUCAAAAGGAUGUUCCUGUCGUCGGAGUUACCAAGUCAGUGACCAUUGUCGAGGAGGUCAAACCAGAGCCAGUUGUUGAAGCUCCUGUGAUUGAAGAUUCCAAGACCAUCACAACCGUCACUACCAUUCCUGAGCCUCAAAAGGAUGUUCCUGUCGUCGAAGUUACCCAGUCAGUGACUAUUGUCGAGGAGGUCAAACCAGAGCCAAUUAUUGAAGCUCCAGUACUUGAAGAGUCCAAGACCAUCACAACCGUCACUACCACAACCACUGUAAGUGAGACAGAAACAGCUAGCGAAGUGUCUAUUCCUGAAGAGCCUCAACAGCCGGAACCCAUGAAGUUCCCAGAGCAGCCGAAGAAACCGGCAUACGCCGGCUUGCCUGUGGACGACUCAUCUAGCUCAUGGAUGGACGUCCUGGAUGAACCCAUGAACUUCUCCGAUGACGAAGAGGAAACUAUCCCUGAGCCACAAAAGGACGUUCCUGUCGUCGAAGUUACCCAGUCAGUGACUAUUGUCGAGGAGGUCAAACCAGAGCCAAUUAUUGAAGCUCCAGUGCUUGAAGAGUCCAAGACCAUCACAACCGUCACUACCACAACCACUGUAAGUGAGACAGAAACAGCUAGCGUAGUGUCUAUUCCUGAAGAGCCUCAACAGCCGGAACCCAUGAAGUUCCCAGAGCAGCCGAAGAAACCAGCAUACGCCGGCUUGCCUGUGGACGACUCAUCUAGCUCAUGGAUGGACGUCCUGGAUGAACCCAUGAACUUCUCCGAUGACGAAGAGGAAACUAUCCCUGAGCCACAAAAGGACGUUCCUGUCGUCGAAGUUACCCAGUCAGUGACUAUUGUCGAGGAGGUCAAACCAGAGCCAAUUAUUGAAGCUCCAGUGCUUGAAGAGUCCAAGACCAUCACAACCGUCACUACCACAACCACUGUAAGUGAGACAGAAACAGCUAGCGAAGUGUCUAUUCCUGAAGAGCCUCAACAGCCGGAACCCAUGAAGUUCCCAGAGCAGCCGAAGAAACCAGCAUACGCCGGCUUGCCUGUGGACGACUCAUCUAGCUCAUGGAUGGACGUCCUGGAUGAACCCAUGAACUUCUCCGAUGACGAAGAGGAAACUAUCCCUGAGCCACAAAAGGACGUUCCUGUCGUCGAAGUUACCCAGUCAGUGACUAUUGUCGAGGAGGUCAAACCAGAGCCAAUUAUUGAAGCUCCAGUGCUUGAAGAGUCCAAGACCAUCACAACCGUCACUACCACAACCACUGUAAGUGAGACAGAAACAGCUAGCGAAGUGUCUAUUCCUGAAGAGCCUCAACAGCCGGAACCCAUGAAGUUCCCAGAGCAGCCGAAGAAACCAGCAUACGCCGGCUUGCCUGUGGACGACUCAUCUAGCUCAUGGAUGGACGUCCUGGAUGAACCCAUGAACUUUUCCGAUGACGAAGAGAAAACUAUCCCUGAGCCACAAAAGGACGUUCCUGUCGUCGAAGUUACCAAGUCGGUGACCAUUGUCGAGGAGGUCAAACCACAGCCAAUUGUUAAAGCUCCAGUUGUUGAAGAGUCCAAGACAACCACAACCGCCACCACUCAACCAGAGCCAAUCUUCGAAGAGGUCAAUCUAAUUCAACCAGAACCAAUCGUCGAGAAGAUCAAACCCAUUAAACCAACACCAAUCGUCGAAGAGUCCAAGACAAUCACAACAUUGACUAAAACUACCACAACCACUGUAACAGCGACAGAAACAGCUAGCGAAGCUCCGAUUACCGAAGAGCCAAAGGAACCUGAAAAUGUGUCAGUUGCUCCCAUUGUCCAGCCCAUUGAAGAAGCAUUGACUACGACAAGCAUUGGUGAAGAGGGAAUAACGCAAGUAGAAAAGUCGUUGGAAGAACCCAUUGACACGUGGUCCAGUGUCUUGGAGGAUUCAAUACCAAGCUCUGGAAAUGUUGGAUUUACUUCGACUUUGUCUGCGGAUGCCCCUGAGUUCACUCCAUCUUAUUUGAGGCAUACAUUCUCUGACCAAACGCAUACAUUCCUAGCCAACGAAAGGGUUUACAACGAGUUCAUCCCAAGGAAUAGAACGGAGCAGGUGAUUGUACAACAGCAAAAGCCCAAAAAGGUAAAACCACCAAAGCGACAGAAUAAGAAGGUUGAAGUUCUUGAGGAAGCUCCUCAAGUUACUCCACCAACGCAGAAAGCAUUCGUUGCAGAACCCAUUCAGAUUGUCGAGGAGGUUGAGAAUGUGUGGACAAAGAAUCGUGAUGGAAAAUCUUAUGCCGAUGUGUUGCUCAAUUCUGGCGUCAUCAGCGAAGUUACAACGACUGUUGUUGAGCAGCAGAAAGAAGUUGUUGCUGAACCAGUCGCUUCAAAGGUGAAACCCCAAGAGCGGACGAAGAAGACUAAGUCUGAAAAACGCAAGCCUGCAGAAAGAACCGCUGAAUCUACGUCUACGCCAACGACAGAAAGCGAAAAGUCUAAGCCAAAUAGUGACAGUGAACCGUCGAAACCGACAUCAGAAACCGAAUUAUCUAAGCCAACGACGGAAAGUUCAAAGGAACCUUCCUCUGAUGAAAGGGAACACUCCAGGACCUCUGAACUGACGUGGUCCGCUCUUGUACGCAGACCUGGUGAGUGGUCUGAUAACACCAUUGUCAAAAAGGAGGUUACACAAAGCCGCAUCGUGACUGAAGAAAAGCCCCAUCAGAAAGAAAAGGACGAACCGAAAAAAACAAAAGCGAAAAAGACAAAGAAGACCAAGAAACCUGUGGUCGAGCCGGUUUCCACAACAUCCGAGGACGAACAACCCGAGCCUGUUGUGCCUGUGCACACACCCAUUGAGGCAAAACCAACGGAAGUCGCACCCGAAGAGGUGAAGGAAAAGGAACAGCAAACCAGUGGUUUCUCCUGGGCCUCGCUUGUCAAAAGGCCUGGCGAAUGGAUUGAUACUACAGUGACUACCAUCAAAACUGCUGUAACUUCCUCCUCAGACGGAAAAGAACCUACUGAGAAGCAUGAAAAACCUGAGAAGACGAAAAAGCAAAAGUCAAAGAAGAAGCCCGAGCCAAAGAAACCCAUUUCCGAGCCCGAAAGCGACGACAACAAGCCAGUUAGCAGUGAACCUUCCGACGAAGUGGCUGUUGUUGAACCCGAACUACAAGUUGUUAAACCAAAACCAGUUGAAGACACUGGCAGUUCCUUCUCUUGGGCAUCCUUGGUGAAGAAGCCUGGUGAAUGGGUGGAUGACAUCGCUGCGCGUAAGAAACCAGUCGAAGCACCAAAGGAGGAGCGUAGAGAAGAUUCACAACAAAGGAAGGAACGUAAAGAAGAACCGCAACAAAGAAAGGAACGCAAGACCCACAAAACGGAGACGAAACCAAAGCCGGAAAGCACCAUAAAGCGGAAGGUUAAGCUGGAAAAAUUGGAAUCCGAAGUCAUUCAGGCGACAUCAUCAGAUGAUAGUGAAUUUGUUGAGAAACUCGCAACUCAAGAUGAAAAUACAAUUACAUGGGCCAAAAUCGCUAGGCAAAUAGAUCAUAUGACCGAUUUACCACCAAAAGCAAAGAAGGAGGUAAAGCAAAAGCAACCUGAACCUCUUAGACAACAGGUUAAGGUCGAUCGUUAUGAAAAACAGGCAAAGCCAAAGGUUCGUAGUAUUUCACCUGAGUUUAUACAUUCCCAGAAGGAACAAGUAAACACGUGGUCCUCUGUACUUACUCAACAAAAAACUGAUUUCAUCGAGGCAGAAAAGCCCAAGAAAACACAAAAACUUCCAGAAGAAAAACGUACACCAAAGGUUUUGUCUCCGAAACUUGUGGAACCUCUACAAGAAUCGGAAUGGUCACAGGACAGAGAUGAGAAACCAAAAAAAUCAUGGGCUGAAAUGAUUGAUGAUGGGCCCGAAGACGUGAUUGUUGAACACAAAUCGUGGAAAGAAUUGAUAGAGGAUGAAGUUGAAAUCCCACUUCUGGCUGAAAAUGGCGAAGAAGCAAACAUAAACACGAUUAUCGACACAAUACAAGAAAUGAAAUCUCUUACCGAUAAAAUUCACAGCGCAGAGUUGAAGCCAACACAACCAGUCAACGAUUCUGUCAUCAAGGAGGUCACGGAAACAGUAAAAGUUGUAGAGAAGGCUCAACCAAUACCGACGUCUGAGGCUGUCAUUGAAAAUACUAAGACAGUCACAACCGUUACUACCACAACUACUGUAACUGAAACCGAAACAGCUAGCGUAGUGUCUAUUCCUGAAGAGCCUCAACAGCCGGAACCCAUGAUGCUCACAGAGCAGCCGAAGAAACCGGCAUACGCCGGCUUGCCUGUUGACGACUCAUCUAGCUCAUGGAUGGACGUCCUGGACGAACCCAUGAACUUCUCCGAUGACGAAGAGGAAGCUGUCCCUGAGCCACAAAAGGACGAUCCUGUCGUCGAAGUUAUCAAGUCAGUGACCAUUGUCGAGGAGGUCAAACCAGAGCCAGUUGUUGAAGCUCCUGUGGUUGAAGAUUCCAAGACCAUCACAACCGUCACUACCAUUCCUGAGCCACAAAAGGAUGUUCCUGUCGUCGAAGUUACCCAGUCGGUGACUAUUGUCGAGGAGGUCAAACCAGAGCCAAUUAAUGAAGCUGCAGUGGUUGACGAGACCAAGACCAUCAAAAUCGUUACUACCACAACCACUGUAACUGAAACCGAAGCAGCUAACGAAACGUCCAUACCUGAAGAACCUCAACAGCCGGAACCCAUGAAAUUGCCAGAACAGCCAAAGAAACCAGCAUACGCCGGAUUGCCUGUUGACGACUCAUCUAGCUCAUGGAUGGACGUCCUGGACGAACCCAUGAACUUCUCCGAUGACGAAGAGGAAGCUGUCGCUGAGCCACAAAAGGACGUUCCUGUCGUCGAAGUUACCAAGUCAGUGACUAUUGUUGAGGAGGUCAAACCAGAGCCAAUUAAUGAAGCUGCAGUGGUUGAAGAAUCCAAGACCAUCAAAACCGUUACUACCACAACCACUGUAACUGAAACCGAAACAGCUAACGAAACGUCCAUACCUGAAGAACCUCAACAGCCGGAACCCAGGAAAUUGCCAGAACAGCCAAAGAAGCCAGCAUACGCCGGCUUGCCUGUUGACGACUCAUCUAGCUCAUGGAUGGACGUCCUGGACGAACCCAUGAACUUCUCCGAUGACGAAGAGGAAGCUGUCCCUGAACCACAAAAGGUCGUUCCUGUCGACGAAGUUACCAACUCAGUGACCAUUGUCGAGGAGGUCAAACCAGAGCCAGUUGUUGAAGCUCCUGUGGUUGAAGAUUCCAAGACUAUCACAACCGUCACUACCAUUAUUGAGCCACAAAAAGAUGUUCCUGUCGUCGAAGUUACCCAGUCGGUGACUAUUGUCGAGGAGGUGAAACCAGAGCCAAUUAUUGGAGCUGCAGUGGUUGAAGAGUCCAAGACCAUCACAACCGUUACUACCACAACCUCUGUAACUGAAACCGAAACAGCUAACGAAACGUCCAUACCUGAAGAACCUCAACAGCCGGAAACUAUGAGAUUGCCAGAACAGCCGAAGAAACCAGCAUACGCCGGCUUGCCUGUUGACGACUCAUCUAGCUCAUGGAUGGACGUCCUGGACGAACCCAUGAACUUCUCCGAUGACGAAGAGGAAGCUGUCCCUGAGCCACAAAAGGACGUUCCUCUCGUCGAAGUUACCAAGUCAGUGACCAUUGUCGAGGAGGUCAAACCAGAGCCAGUUGUUGAAGCUCCUGUGGUUGAAGAUUCCAAGACCAUCACAACCGUCACUAACAUUCCUGAGCCACAAAAGGAUGUUCCUGUCGUCGAACUUACCCAGUCGGUGACUAUUGUCGAGGAGGUCAAACCAGAGCCAAUUAUUGGACCUGCAGUGGUUGAAGAGUCCAAGACCAUCACAACCGUCACUACCACAACCACUGUAACUGAAACCGAAACAGCAAACGAAACGUCCAUACCUGAAGAACCUCAACAGCCGGAAACCAUGAAAUUGCCAGAACAGCCAAAGAAACCAGCAUACGCCGGCUUGCCUGUUGACGACUCAUCUAGCUCAUGGAUGGACGUCCUGGACGAACCCAUGAACUUCUCCGAUGACGAAGAAGAAGCUGUCCCUGAGCCACAAAAGGACGUUCCUGUCGUCGAAGUUACCAAGUCAUUGAACAUUGUCGAGGAGGUCAAACCAGAGCCAGUUGUUGAAGCUCCUGUGGUUGAAGAUUCUAAGACCAUCACAACCGUCACUAACAUUCCUGAGCCACAAAAGGAUGUUCCUGUCGUCGAUGUGACUAUUGUCGAGGAGGUCAAACCAGAGCCAAUUAUUGAAGCUGCAGUGGUUGAAGAGUCUAAGACCAUCACAACCGUUACUACCACAACCACUGUAACUGAAUCCGAAACAGCUAACGAAACGUCCAUACCUGAAGAACCUCAACAGCCGGAAACCAUAAAAUUGUCAGAACAGCCAAAGAAACCAGCAUACGCCGGCUUGCCUGUUGACGACUCAUCUAGCUCAUGGAUGGACGUCCUGGACGAACCCAUGAACUUCUCCGAUGACGAAGAGGAAGCUGUCCCUGACCCACAAAAGGACGUUCCUGUCGUCGAAGUUACCAAGUCAGUAACUAUUGUCGAGGAGGUCAAACCCGAGCCAAUUGUUAAAUCACCAGUGGUUGAAGAGUCCAAGACAACCACAACCGUCUCUACCAUUCCUAUGCCACAAAAGGAUGUUCCUGACGUCGAAGUUACCAAGUCUGUGACUAUUAUCGAGGAGGUCAAACCAGAGCGAAUUGUGGAAACGCCAGUGGUUGAAGAUUCCACGACAAUAACUUCAGUCAUUACUACAACAGUUGUGACCAAAACUGAUACCACUCGUAAGGCUAAUACUUUGGAUGAACCGAAGCAGGAAAUCGUUCAGCCGAAAACAUCCCCACCUGUGGCACAACCUGUUGUGCAAAAUGUUUGGGAACUGCAUUCAUCUUAUGCUGAUGUUCUGAGGCACACUGUCGAUUUUAUUGACUUGGAGAAGAAAAAUGUGCACGUCGAAAUUGAGCCUAAAUCAACCAAGAACACAGAAACAACUAAAAUUGUUGAGGAUAUUCCCAAAAAGACAAAAGCAAAGAAGGAAAAGCCACAGAAAAAACAGCCCAAUAAUGUUAAGGAAAAUGAGGUUGAACUUCUUGUUGUUGAAACUGAAAUACCCGAGUUCGUUGAAACCAAAUCAAUGGAGAGUACUGUAUCCUGGUCAGCAAUGGUUGAUGAAGAUAGAAGUGAAAUUAUAGAACCGAAUCUUCCGCAGACCAGUAAUGCAUUAUGGUCUUCGAUCGUGCGACAAGGGGUACAGGAACCCUUCACGAAGAUAACGCAACAAAGCUCCAACACCGAAGAUGAAGAUGAAACUGUUCCUGCGAAACCACAUCAACAGCCAAGAAAAGAAAGAAAGGUGACAAAAUCAGUUACAAUGGCUGAACCUGUGAAAUCAAAAAUAGAACCGCAAGUCGUAAUCGUUGAAGACAUAAAAUCUACCACAGCAGACGGUCCUUCACAAUUAUCCUCAUGGUCGUCGAUAGUUGCUCCAAUAAUAGCUCCACAAUCUCAAGACAUUCAGGAUUUCAUUUCCCAUGAACAGAAUUCGGACGUUACGAUUGACAAAACAAAGAAACAAAAGGCAAAGAAGGAAAAGAAAUCGAAGCCGGAGCCAAUUGUUGAAGUGGUUCCUGCAAUUUAUGAACCAGUUGUUGAGCAAAUUUUCACAGAACAAGAACCCGUAGUUUCGAUUGAACCGUCAGUUCCUGCUCCCGAUAUAACUACCUCGAAAACCAUGUCAUGGUCAUCGAUUGUUUCCCAAACUGUCGAAGGUACUCCAACCAUCACUGAAACUCAAAUACAAGAACAGAAGCCCACAUUACCUGUCGAUGAAAAACCCAAAAAACAAAAGUCAAAGAAAGAGAAGAAAUCUACUAAGAUCGAACAUGUUGAAGAACCUGUUGUUGAAAUCGUUUCUGACACUGAACAUAUGGUUGAAGUGGUACUUGUAGAAGAUAUUGUGACCGGGAAAGAGCCAGGAGUUCUUGAAGAACAACCUACUUCAGUUGCAGCCCCAACAUCUCAAGCACCUUUGUCUUGGUCAUCUAUCGUCUCGCAGUCAGUAGAAGUGACACCAACUAUAAAUGAAACUCGUGUCAAUGCCAAAAAAUCUCCAGAUAUCCAGGACUUUAUCGCCCAAGAACAGAACUUCUCCACCGCUGUGAACAGUAAGCAGAAGAAGCCAAAGUCAAAGAAGGAAAAGAAAUAUCCCAAAUCGGAACCAAUUGUUGAAGUUCAAACUAUUUCGGAACCUAUUGUUGACGUGGCAACUAUUCCGUCUGAACCUGUUGUUGAGGAAGUUAUGAUAGAGACUGAAAAGAAACCUGUAGUUAUUGAAGAACCAUCACAGACCCUGUUAUGGUCGUCUAUCGUUUCCCAAAAAACAGAUGUAACUACAACCAUCACAGAAACUCAUGUCAUGUCAGAACCUGAAACUAAACCUGAGCAUCAAGAACACAAAUCCAUACCACCAGUGGAGGAAAAGCCAAAGAAGCAAAAGUCCAAGAAGGAAAAGAAAUCCUCCAAGGCAGAACAGACUCUAGAAUCUAAGGCUGAAGUCGUGACUAUCGGAGAGCCUGUUAUUGCAGUGACUUUUGUUCCAGAGCCCGUUAGUGAUGAAGUCAUUCCAGCGUUGGAGCCGGAACCUGUGAUUGUUGAAGAACCAACCUCUGCAGUACCAGAAGAUGUACCAUCGCAAACAUUGUCAUGGUCGUCUAUUGUAUCGCAGACUACGGAUGUAGCAACGACUGUCCACAAAACUCAUGUCCCUCAAGAACCGCAAGUCAAACAUCAAGAACAGAAAUCCGAACCAUCAGUGGAGGAAAAGCCAAGGAAACAAAAGUCAAAGAAAGAAAAGAAACCCAAGACAGAGCCGACUCCAGAAGCUAUUGUGGAAGCCGUGACUUUCAAAGACCCUGUUGUUGAAGUGACUAUUGUUCCAGAGCCUGUUAUUGAAGAAGUCAUUCCAGUAACGGAAUCGGAACCUGUAGUUGUAGAGGUACCCAUUGUUUCAGUGCCAGAAGUUUCACUACCUCAGACCCUGUCAUGGUCAUCCAUCGUCUCGCAGACCCCAGAAGUAACUCGAACCCCAACUGAAACCAUUGUCACUGAAUCGUCAAAAACACAAGACAUUGUGGACUUUAUUGCCCAGGAGCAGAUCUUCUCAACUGUUGUCAACGACAAACAUAAAAAACAAAAGUCAAAGAAGGAAAAGAAGACUACCAAAACGGAACCCAUUCAGGAACCAGUUGUUGACGUUGUGAUUAGUGUUGCAGAACCUGCUAUAGAGGAACUAAUUGUAGAGGCGGAACCAACGCCUUCAGUUCCUGAAGUUACACCAUCACAAACCCUGUCAUGGUCCUCUAUUGUUUCCCAAACAACAGAUGUAACGACAACCAUCACAGAAACUCAUGUCACUGAAGAACCUGAAACUAAACCUGAGCAUCAAGAACAGAAAUCCUUACCAUCAGUGGAAGAAAAGACAAAGAAACAAAAGUCAAAGAAGGAAAAGAAACCCAAGACGGAACCGAUUACAAAACUUGUUGAGGAUGUUUUUACCGUUGAAGUGCCUGUUGUUGAAGUAACCACAGUUGAAGAGCCUAUUUCACCGCCUUCGCAAACCCUGUCAUGGUCGUCCAUUGUCUCGCAGACUGAAACCAUUGAGAAUGAAGAGCCGGAAGUCACUGUAAAAUCCAAAGAGGUCCUAGACUUUAUCGCACAGGAACAAAACUUCUCAACUGUUGUGAAUGGCGAAAAUAAGAAAAAGUCAAAGAAGGAAAAGAAAUCCCUCAGAGCGGAUCCGAUUGUUGAAGUGGUGACAGCUGUGACAGAACUCAUUGUAGAAGAUCUCAUUCCAGAAACGGAGCCAUCUAUUUCAGUGCCAGACGUAGUUCCUUCACUAAACUUAUCUUGGUCGUCGAUCGUAUCGCAAACUAUCGAAGAUACUCCAACCAUAAUCGAAACUCGCGUCAACAAAUCAACUGAUACUGAAACCCGUCUGCCAGAACAGGAACCCAAACAGGAACAUGUGGACCAGAAACCCAAAAAACAAAAGUCCAAGAAGGAAAUUAAGUUCCUUAAGACGGAACCUGUUCAAGAACCUGUUGUUGAAGUGACGUUUGUUCCUGAACCUGUUGUUGAAGAUAUCGUUUCAGUGACAAAAGCAGAACCUGCAAUUGUUGAUGAACCUAUUACGUCUGUGACAGAGGCUCUGCCAUCACAUACCUUUUCAUCAUGGUCGUCUAUUGUCACGGAAACCGUAGAAGUAGCUCCAACAAUCCUCGAGACUUUUGUCACUGAAGAAUCCGAAUUAACGCCAAAAACUCAAGUUAUUCAGGAGUUCAUAUCACAGGAACAGAACUCAACUUCUGUAAAUGGCAAGCCAAAGAAACAAAAGUCAAAGAAGGAAAAGAAACCCAAAACAGAGCUGACUCAAGAAUCUACUUUUGAAGUGGUUGCCGUCGAAGAGCCUGUUGUAGAGGUGACCUUUGUUCCAGAGGCAAUUGUAGAUGAUGCCAUUCCAGUGACGGAACCAGAAUCGGUGAUUAUUGAGGAGCCCACCCCGUCAGUACCAGAAGUUGCACCAUCACAAACCUUGUCAUGGUCGUCUAUUGUUUCCCAAACUACGGAUGUGACAACAACCAUCACCGAAACUCAUGUCACUGAAGAAACUGAAGCCAAACCUCAACUCGAAGAACCAAAAUCCAUACCAUCAAUGGAAGAAAAGCACAAGAAACAAAAGCCAAAGAAGGAAAAGAAGCCUAAGACAGAUCCGACUCCGGAACCUAUUGUGGAAGUCGUGACUAUCGAAGAACCUGUUGUCGAGGUUACUUUUGUUUCAGAGCCUAUUGUUGCAGAGAUCAUUCCAGCGACGGAACCGGAAUCUGUAGUUGUAGAGGAACUACCUACCUACCUGCCUUCAGUUCCAGAUGUUUCACCACCUCAGACCCUGUCAUGGUCGUCCAUCGUCUCGCAGGCCACAGAAGUAACUCCUACCGCAACUGAAACCAUUGUCACUGAAUCGUCAAAAGCAAAAGAUAUUGUGGACUUUAUUGCCCAGGAGCAGAUCUUCUCAACUGUUGUCAACGACAAACAUCAGAAACAGAAGUCCAAGAAGGAAAAGAAGACGCCCAAGACGGAACCCAUUCAGGAAUCUGUUGUUGAAGUGGUGACUAAUGUUUUAGAACCAAUGCCUUCAGUGCCAGAUGUUUCGCAAUCACAAUCGCUGUCAUGGUCCUCUAUUGUUUCCCAAACAACAGAAAUAACUUCAAACAUUCCCGAUACUCCUGUCUCUAAAGAACCUGAAGUCAAACAUCAGACUGAAGAACAGAAAUCCAUACCAUUAGUGGAGGAAAAGCCAAAGAAACAGAAGACAAAGAAAGAGAAGAAACCCAAGACGGACCCGACUCCGGAACCUAUUGUUGAGGCGAUUUCUAUUCCACAACCAGGUUUUGAAGAAAUCAUUCCAAUGGCGGAACGUGAAGAUGUAAUUGGUGAAAAACCAACGCCAUCAGUUCCUGAAGUUGUGCCAUCCCAAACCAUGUCAUGGUCCACUAUUGUUUCGCAGACUGUAGAAACAUCUCCGCUUAUACCCGAAACACGUGUUACUAAAACAUCGGAAACUAAAGCCAAACCCCUCGACAGUCAGGACUUUAUCUCCCAUGAACAGAAACUCGUCCCUUCAACGGACGAGAAGAUAAAGAAACCAAAGUCCAAGAAGGAAAAGAAAUCUGUCAAGGUUGAAGUUGUUCAGGAACCCGUUGUUGAAGUUAUUGCGGUUCAAGAACCAGUUUCUGCAGAAACAUUAACGGAGAAGGAACCAGAACCACAACCAAUUCCAACUACAGAUCGGGGCAUGUCAUGGUCGUCGAUUGUCUCGCAAACAACAACUGAUGUAACCACUACGGUGACUGAAACUUUACAGAAGUCGCCGAAGUCGCAGGCCAUUCAGAAUUUCAUCUCUCAGGAGCAGAACUUCUCGACCGUUGUAAAUGAAGAGCCCAAGAAACAAAAGCCCAAGAAGGAAAAGAAAACGGCAAAGGUGGAACCAAUUUCAAAGCCUGCUGUUGAAGUGACUGAAGUAAUAUUUGAGAAGAACCGGGAUGCAGAGCAGCCAGCGAGAGUUCCUGAAUUAACACAAACAGCACCAGUUCCUGAAGCAACACAAACCUUGUCCUGGUCUUCGAUUGUUUCGCAUAACAUAGACUUGACUCCAACAUUCACUGAAACGCAUGUGCCUGAAACUACACAAAUAGUUCCACAGGAUAUCAUCCAUCAAGAACAGGAGCUACCAACGUAUGUUGAAGAAAAGCCCAAGAAGCAAAAACCCAAAAAGGAGAAGAAACUACCCAAGGCAGAGCUAGUGCAACAAAUUGUAGAAGCCCCCAUUGUUGCUGAUGAAAAGGCGCCAGAAAAUGAACGUUCUUCAGGAGCCACAACGCCAGAGUUCAAUAUUCAGCUCCCGACGCUCGCGAAGCCGUCAGUAUGGUCCUCAUCAGAGACCUACGCCGAAGUAGUUAGGAAAUCAGGCUAUACCAAGAAUACGAACAUUAGGUAUCAGGAUACCGAAAGAGAAAUGGCUGCUGCAAAGAAAUCUGCAACCCCCGAAGAGCCGCAAGAAACUAUUGUGGAGUUCCCAGAUCCCAUUAUUCCUCCGAUUGUAAAUUCAGAUGUAGAUGUAGAAUACACCGAAAAGCCAUCACAACUGUCUUGGCGGGAGCUCAUUGAUGACGAUGAUGAUGAUGAUGUGCAGCCCGCAGAGCCAUGGUAUCAAGAGGAACCAGUACCUGAAAGACGUUCGCGACCAACGAUAAAGGUCACUGAGGAGGUAACAUUUAUGGAGCCCCAGAAACAGCCAGAGAUUGAGCAAGGCUUCUUGGAGAUUAUUUCUAAGAAGAGGAAUCGCUCGCGUUCUCGUUCUCAACAAUCACAGAUCUCGAACGUGGACGAGAAGCCUCAAAAGAAGAAAUCGAAGAAACCCAAAGAGAAGAAACCUGCACCACCUCAAACUCAAACACCCACAGAGCCACCUAAGGUAGUGGAGCCUACCGUUUCGGUUCGUGUUGAGGAAACACCCGCUCCUUCUCCCUACACUUCUGGUAUGUCGUGGGCAGCCAUAGCCGCCCACAAUGUUCCAGAACCUGCACAACAAAUACGUCCGCUUCAAAUUGAAACCAAGUCCAUAAUUGUUGAAGACUCCAGAACGCCACCGAAGGAGCACAAGGUCAGCAUUCCAAUCACUUUAGAAACAUCAGAGCCAAAAACUAAGAAACCCAAGCAGAAAUCGAAGAAGAAGUCUCCUAGCAGUGAAAUUGUUGAUUUCAUCAAUGCCGAAAAGUCCCAAAAAACAACUUUGGCACCUUUCGUCGAGACAUCACCAGAUACUUCACUGGAAUCCAUGGAGUCCACACCUUUGAGCUCCAUCGAAACGGUUAUUGAGACCACUUCAAUAGUUCGGGAAAUUAAAGCUCGUGAUGUUCCAUCGAAAGAAACCCCAUUAGCGCCUUUUGAAGUGAUUGCUGAGCCUGUGGAUGUCACAGUAGAGACUGUCAAAGAAGUGGAAGUUCCAACAGACAAGGUUGAAACUAUUGUAGAGACGGUUAAGGAAAUUUACGUGAAACCAUCAGUUGAACCCAAAGUUACAAUUGAGACUGUAGUUGAGGAACCAGAACAGACACCUCUGGCACCGUUUGAAGAUGUAUCAAAGACAGUUGAGGAGAUUGUUGAACCAGCUCAGUCCCCAAAAGAGACCACUGUAACAGUUGAAACAAUAGUAGAAACUGUGAAAGAGGUCGAAAACGAGACUGCUACAGUUCCAGUUGAAAGUAUCACUGAAACUGUUGAAACUGUUGAAACUGUCAUUGUGACAUCAGAACCAGCACCAGAACAGACACCUUUGGCACAGUUUGAAGAUGUAUCAAAAACAGUUGAGGAGAUUGUUAAACCAGCUCAGUCCUCAAAGGAGACCACUAUAACAGUUGAAACAAUUGUAGAAACUGUGAAAGAGGUCGAAACCGGGACUGCUGCAGUUCCAGUUGAAAGUAUCACUGAAACUGUUGCAGCUGUCAUUGAGGCAUUAGAACCAGCCCCAGAACAGACACCUUUGGCACCAUUUGAAGAUAUAUCAGAGACUGUUGAAGUCGAAGAUGAGCCUGUUGAAACCACUGCACCAGUUGAAACUAUUGUAAUAGCUGCGAAAGAUGUGAAAGCUGAGCCUACUCCAGUUCCAAUUGAAACUUUCACUGAAACCGUUGAAACUGUCAUUGUGGCUGCUGAACCAGAACAUAAGCAAACGCCUCUAGCACCAUUUGCACCCGUUGCGGAACCCAGUCAAUCGCCAUCCGAUACCGAUCAUUUCAUUUGUGAAACUUCCUACUGGUCUGCCACACUGAAACCCGGACAAAAGCCAACAACUACAACCACAACCACAAUAACGACUGAAACAACAGAGACAGUGAAGACUGAUGUUGAGGAAACCCAUAAACCCAUCAGCGUUAGCAUACCAAUUGAAGAAGAUGUUUUGGAGGAGGUGGCAGUACAAUCACCGACUGAUCAACCAACAACCUGGUCAGCGAUUGUUCAAACCGAAACGACUGUUUUCCCAGCACCAGAAAACCAACAAAAGGAAGAGGAAACAAAGUCGCCGGCUGCUUGGUCCACUGUUGUAGUGAGCAAAACCACAGAUUUCCAGGAGCCCAAAUCCCAAAUCGAUGUGGAGCAGACGGAGAAUGUGACUACAACGACAACCACCUAUGUGACAACGACAGUAACCACGCAUAAGGAUGCACCAAUUGUAGAGGAUAUGCAGAAGGCCGAACCGGAAACAACAUCAUAUGUAUCCACGGUGGUAACCACACAUACAAAUGAGUUGACUAUUGAACCAGAAUCGAUUGUAAUUAACACCAAAACAAUAGAACUUGCACCCAAAAAUACCUUGGAGACACUCACCGAGAAUCUAUAUCGCGAUGGAACCAAAUUGCAUCCCCGAUAUGACAUAUUGGAGGGACAAUACUACCAACAGUUGCAGGUAGAAAGCAUUCCAGUGGCAGAACCAACAGAGGAACCAACAAUUGUAGAAAUUGUAGAACCUCAACCACAAUCGGUUAGUAAACCAGCAACUCCAGACAGCAAAUUGAUCGAGGCCCAAACAGUUGAUCUGAUUGAACCUGUCAAGCCUCAAAACAGUUUGGAAAUACUCGCUGAACAUUUGUAUGGCGAAGCAAUAAAAUUGCAUCCCCAAUACGAGCUAUUGGAGGGGCAGUACCAAGUGUUGCAAGUCGAAACCAUUCCCCAGAAACCAACAUUAGUUGAAGAGCCAGAUAUUGCCAAGGAAGAGGAAGUAUUGAUAGAAGAUUAUGUGAUAAUUGAACCCGAAACAAUACCCCAAAUCAAUUCAGAAAUCCUUGCUUUCAAUUUAUAUCUUGAUCAGGAAAAUCUGUUGUCCCAAACCCCCAAAGCAAUCGAUUCCAUUAGCCAGUUGCAUUUGCUUUCAAUCGAAAAACCAGCCGAACAAAUAGUUGAGGAAACAAAGAUAAUAGAAAUAACUAAGGUCGAAGAACCCCUCGUCGUAGAAACAGUUUCUGUAGAAUCUUCUGUUGAGAUUACCCCCCAGACAUUGACUAGCAGCAGCCCCGGCGAUCUUCUCUGGCAUCUUAGCCAGGAUAAUUUCGUUAAACUAAUCCAACACCAUAAACUACUACAGGCAGAAGACGCUUAUGCGUUGGUAUUGCCUAAGACCUCCACAGACACGACCACGACAACAACAACGACGGAAAAAGCUCAGGAAAAAACUCAAGACGAUAAGCAUAAGACUGACAUCAUUACAGAAACUGUAGUGACAAGCACGACCAAGAUUACAGAGUCAAGCAAAUUGAUGGCUGAUCAUGUUGUAGAUAAGACUGAAGAACCAGAAGCAUCAUCGCCAUUACCAAUCAUUCCUACCACCGUCACGGAACAGGCAGUAGCAGCAGCACCAACACCGAGCAGUGGCAAUUUCGACCAGUUGCGGCUUAAUCUGUAUCUGGACGAUUGGCAAUCAGCUGGCGUCAAUGCAGAUUUAGUCGAGGACACUAUUGAGAGAUUGAAACGUGCUGAUGUUGCCAGCCCCGAGGCGGAACUCGACAAAGACAAGAAACCCGAUGAUGAUGUGACUGACAAAACGGACAAGAAGAAGGACAAUGACGAUGACGAUGACGAGGACGAUGACGAGGACGAUGAUGAUGACGAUGACGGGGAUAAGCCGACUGUGCCCGAAAUACGCAAGCCGAACGACGACGAUGAUAAAUCGAACGAUAGAAGAGAUCCUGGUAGCGGCGGAAGUAGUGGUAAUGCAACGCCGACCCCCGAACACGAUCAGUACGAACAGAAUAAUCGCAGCUGCUCAUCGGAGUAUAUGUCGACCGAUUUACCGGGUGGUGUAGGUCAUUGGCGGGAUCAGAGUACUUAUUUGGCUUUAGAAGCCGAUCAGAAGAAGCCUCAGGUAAAAUUAGGAGUGGAUGUUGUUGAAUCAUCACCAAUCAAAGAGGAAGGUGUGUUCGUACUAACCGAAACUAAAACCAUUGACCCCACAAGCUCAACCAUCCCAGUCCCCGCCCCUGAAACAAGCCCCAGCAGUCCCAGUCCCCACAUAGCUACAGCAAACGCACUAAUCCAAUUGGCAAGCGCCACAACUCACACGCUGUCCGCUAAGGCGAAUGCGGCAGCCGCAGCGGCACAGGCAACAGCACUGGUGGCAACCAAUGCUCUACUGCCAGUAGCCAAGGCCGUAAUCGAUAAGCUUACGACGACAACAACACCAGAGGAGACACCAACACCAGCAAUAGCUACAGCAGCAGCAGCAGAGGCAGAGGCAGCACAACCUCAGCAGGAGGUGCCAGAGAAAACAGCAAUUGUAGUUGCUGUUGAGGCGCCUGCAGAAGUUGCAACCGAAACAGCGACCUCAACCUCCACGAGCUUCAAGGAUGAUUCGGAUGAUACGAAUGUCCUUAAGCGUACCACAACAACUACCACAACCGUAACGACAACAACCAAAACCGUUGAAACACCAACGACAACAAGCGGCAGCACGACAACGACAACAACAACCACAACCGACAACACCAGCAACGAUCCACAACAACGCCAGAAGGAGGCAUUUGACCAAGAUCUCGACGAACUGCUACAAUCGCUGUCAAGUGUCGAGGAUGGCAUCGCAAACAUGAGCCAGAGCAGCCUGGAAGGCAUGCUACAGGGACUAAAGCUAAUCCAAAAGAAUCUGGAAGUACACGAAAGGAACGCCCGCCAGCUCAAAGACCAGGCCAAGAAGUUGCCCACAGAUCCUGGAACUGAACGCAUACUGAACGAAGUCGUAGAUCGCGUUGAUUUGCUACUACGUCGUACCCAACAAGGCAUCACCAUGAUAGCCAAUGCUAUGCAUGGGCAGAAGAAGCGGCAGCAGGACAUCGAUCAGUACCAGCAGCAUUUGCUGGAGCUAGAGCAAUGGAUCAACGAGGUAACCGCUGAAUUGGCAUCCUUUGAGACCACACCGGACAGCAGCACCGAUGAGCAGGUGCUCAAGUCGCAGGUGGAACGCAGCCAGCAAUUGUUGCGCACUCUCAAGGAACGCCAGCAGUCCAUGGACGAUCUGUUGGAACAGACGCGACAGCUGCAGUCGCAGGCCGAUGUGGCCCCCCUGGCCGAUACUUUAAUGGAGCAACUGCAGAGCAUUCUAAUCAUUCUACGCGAACAGAUCACAGUGGCCACCACAAGGAUUUUCACCAUCGAGAAGCGCAUUGUGGACCUGCGCAAGGCCAAGAGCGACGAGGCCCAGCGACAGCGAGUGCAGGCCGAUGCCAUGAUACAGCCCCCGACCCAGAUUGAGUCACACGAAUCAAUAGAGUCCAAUGAGAAUACAAUUGAUUCGACCUCAAUGCCCGAAGAAGAGGUCAAACCGAGUGGUGGGGUAUAUGUGGAGACGCAAACAUCGUUUAGCCUGCAGCAGCCGCUGGCACCUAUCCAGGUGGCAACCAGCACUGUGGAGGCGCAGACCAGCUUCAAGGAGCAGCCCUUGGCAGUGGAAACCGCUGAGGUUGCCCAGCAAACGCAAAAGGAACGUACACCCACCGAGAACAUAAUGGUGACGCAAACGAUUCAGGAUGGCCAGGCAACCAUACAGAUUGACACGACCCUGAAUAAGGAUAUACCCGACAGUCCCGAAGAUGUGCAGAUUGAGGCCCGCUACCAUCAGCGACCCCAGGGCGAUGUGGAACGUGCCACCGAGCUGAUCCUGAAGAAUGUCCCACAGGCAUUUGAGACCACAUUCGUGGAGCCAGAUGAGACCACCACAGAGGUGAUUGUGGGACCCGAUGGCACCAAGCAUAUCGUUUUGAAGAAGGUCACGCGUACGCGCCAGCAGAUUGUACAGCAGCAGCAGAUCAGCUCGAUCGAGACUGUAAGCGACUCGGAUGGCAACAUUGAAGUGCAUUCGACGGGACAGAUCAAUCUGGAGAAUGUGCAGACGACAGACACCAGUGCGGAUCCACAGGAGGGAAGCUACCGCACCGUUGUCACGCAGCAAACGCGUGGCGCCGUUGUAGAUGCCUCCCAACCCGAGGCGGUAACUGUUCAGGAAUUUGAAACAGAACCAACCAUUGAGACGUACGAAGAGAUUGUGGGUGGUCCUGGAUCAGAAGGACACUUGGCGGACAUUGGCGGUAGCAGUACCAUUCGUGCUGUUGUGCAGCAGGUGACCCGCAAGGUGAUCCGCAAGACGCGCAAGAUAAUCAAGCGAGUGGUGAUCAUCGAUGGAAAGGAGCAUAUCACCGAGGAGGUGAUUGAGGAGCCCGAGGAGAUUGAGAUUACCGAAGAGGAGUCGGCGCCUCACAUCAAUGUGAAUAUUGUGCGUACAAUCAAUGGGAAACCGGUCACCGAAGAGGAGUUCCAAAGGAUGUUGCAAGAGCCGGGCGUGAUCAUUGAAGAAGUUGCUGCAGAAUCGCCGCAACAGGUAUUUGAUAUUGAGUCUACCCACGUCACCUCCACCACAGAAACAAUAACCACACCACAAGAACAAGUACAAGUACAGAUACCGCAAGAUUCAGAACAGAUACAACAGCCAGAACAACAGACACCACCUACAGAAACAAAGAUCAAAGAACCAGCACCAGUAGAGUUGCCAGCACCUUCUCAAGUAGAUGUUGCAGAACCAGUAGAUGUUGACAGUACUACUACUACAUCCAUGAGUAUCGUUAAUGUUGCAGCAGCAGAUGUAACUACAACAGAAACAUCAGCCAAUCUACCAGAUAUCGUAGAUGUAACCACAGAGAUCACAUCAUCUCAGCCUGUGGUGGAAAAUAUCCAUGAAAUUUGGCCAUUGGAACAUCAUUUGAACGCCACCAACAUUGACUUUUCACAGCACCAUGAGCCACUAGCACCGGUAGAAGCGACAAUCACUUCAGAAAUCAGAGAAGAAUCCAUGCCUGUGGAAACCAUUUGGCCCACUAGUCCAGAGACAGGCAACUCUUUAACUCUGGAAAACUACGAAUUCGAGCCACAAUCACCCACAGAAAAGAAAGAACUUGAGACUGAGACAAAGCCUGAAACAGAACCAGAGACUAAACCAGAGCCAGAGCCCAAGACCUCUGCCAGUAUUGAAAUAAUUAAGACCAUCGAAACAGUGACCAUAGCAGGGGAGCAGCCGAAGGAAUCGCCUGUGGAUGUGGUGCCUGAACCGCAGACAGAAGUUCCGAAGUCAAAGACUGACAUUGAGAGUUUCCUGGAAGCUGAGAAGAUUUUGGCCGGAGCCUUGAAGGAACAGCAAACCGUACCUAAAGUAGAAGAAGCAUCAACCAUUCAAGUUGAGACAGUUGUUCCUGCAGAAGCAAUCAUCCAAUUGCCUGAAAAGGAACCCUCCGCAGCAGUAGAAACAGCUGUAGAACCUACCGCAGAAGUCACAGAAGUUACGGAAGUUUCUAUACUCGAGCCCCAACAGCAGCCAGCGGAAGUGGUAAGCGUGGCAAUCACUCUCCAAGAGCCAGCACCAGCUAAGCCAACGGGCGAUACCCCGGAAAAGGAGGUAGCACCAGGACAGACGGACCUACGUGUGGCUACACAACUGUUCAUCUCUGGCGAGGCAGCAGCUUCUACGGCCCCACAAAAGUCCUACCAGAUUACAGCGCCAUCCAUCGAGGAUAAUGGCGAUGGUGUGCUCAAGGUUGUGAUGGGCAAGGAGCCGAAGGGCACCGAAGAAGAGCCAGGACAGACUGCCACGAAGGUUAGCAUGACCAUCAUUGAGACGGCAGCUGCAGCUGCAGCAGCUCCUGCUGCCGAUGCCAAGCGGCGUCGAAAGAAAAAGAAGAGAAGAGACACAAAGCAGGAGGAGGAUCAGCCAGAACAAGAAGCAGAAACCGAACCAGAGCCAGUGUCCGUCACAAAGGAGACCUCUGAAGUGGCUCCGAUUUCCCCAGAAGAUUCACCCCGCGAAGACAAGGACAAAGUGCGCCACGAAUCGAUUGUGGAGAUCAGUGCAGAUAGCGAUCUGUCCAGCAUGGACAUUGACACAGCCCAUGACUCGGUGAAGAUUGUGGAAGAUGCAGUCGUCUCCCCGCCCUCAGAGUCUCCACGUGCGCCCAUCGUAGAGCUGGUAAUACCCACAGAAGUGGUCGAACUUUCACUAGUCGAGGAUGAGGAACAGCAGACAACACCACGUGCCGCAACGCCUGUAGAAGCCGCGAAGAUUGAGCAGGACAUCAAGUCCGUGCAGACAUCGCCACAGCAUCAACCGAAACUGGAUGAGAUGUCAGUGCAGACGAGUCUGGAGAUCCAACCCGAGAACCAGGAGAUGGAAUCGCAAACCCUGAUCAUUGAGAUUGCCGAGACUGAGGCACAGACAACACCACGCGACGAUGAACGUGUUGUUGAGGUAUCCACCGCUGAAAUGCAAACGGAUGUCAGUGGCCAGCCGGCGGAUACAGUGGAGAUCUCCAGUCAAACCACUGUGACCACAACCAUUGAAAAGGAACUGCAGACAACGCCCAGGGAAUCACCGCGUCAGCGAGAGCCAGGCAGUGACGAUGUGGUACCUUCACUUGUCCAAGAUUUGGUCAAGGAGAUGACCAUCGAUCUGCCAGUGCCCACCACAGAGCAGUCAACGUUCACAGAAACCACAACGACCACGGAGAUGCAUGUCCAGACCACCACACCCGAACCCACAGAAGUGGUGGUGGCUGAAACUGUUAAGCCAGAGACAGCGCACGAGGCAACCUCAACGCUGGAACUUGUGCAGGUAGCCGAUGGUGAGGCCCAGACGACAACACCUCGAGAGGUGGAACAGCAGCAACAACCCAUUUCAUUGGAUGACUCCAACUCCAUUUCCAUUUCGGAACCGUACGAACUGGAGGUGAAGACCACGGUGGCGAUACCAGCAGACUCGGAUGCCGGCUCUCUGGCCGAGCCAACGGUCUACGAGUAUACGCAGACCAUGGAGCUGCCCAAACCAGAGAAGCGCUCCAAGAAGGAUAAGAAAAAGAAGCAAAAGAAGGAACAGGAGCAGCAGCAGCCACAGCAACAGCAACAGCAGCCGCCAGAGGAGCCACAGAUCAGUGUGACUGUUGAAAUAGCACCCGAACUGCUGUCCGAGUCGGGGAUUGUGGUGUCCACCAAUCAGCAGAUCGAAGAGGUGCCACACGUCGCACCGGAAGAAGUGGACCCAGUGGAGUUAGGGGAGCCAGCGAAGCCACCGCAAAGAGUUCAGCUGCAGAUCACCACAACGCGGGUGUACGAUGAGUAUCCCGAUCUACCAGUGCACAUAAUCGAACAGAACAAGAUGAGCAUUGCAGAGCAGAGCAGCCGAACGACCGGACGCGAGCGCAGUGGUGCGGGACCCACGUCAUCGGUGACCAUCGAAGAGGUAUCCUCGCCCACAGAAGAACUGGUGGUGGUGCCCAUCACCCCUGGGCCCGAUAACCUCAACGAGCAGCAGAGCAGCAUUUGGUUCCAGCCAAAUACGCCUUCCCAGGAUCUUUCACAGGCUUUGAUUAUGAGCGAGAGCCUUCAGCAUUAUCCUGGACAACCGAAACAGAAGGCCAACAUCUUGGUGGAGACCAAGGAGGCUAUUGGGGAUCGUAUUAAGCACUUGAAACAGGCGGUACCACAACAACAGCCGACGACAACGACGCCCCUGAGCAAUGUUCUCCACUUGGCCACUCUUUCGGAGCAGAUCAUGGAGCUGCCCACGGAGCAGCGUCUUCAGGAGGUUAACGAAGGUCUGCAGAAUCUAGAUGCGGCUCUGAACAGCGGCGACAAGACGGUCAUACAGACGACAGUCAUCACGGUCAUUGAGAUGGUCUCGACUUGGCUGGAGACCAUCGAGUAUCGCGUGUAUCUCAUCCGACAGAACUCCAACGAGGGACCCUCUGAGGAGAAGCUGGACAACUACAACCAGCUGAACGAGGAGCUGCACACGAUCAAGCAGAAUGUGAACCAACUUGAGAGGCAGCUGUCGAAGACAGAGGAGCCCGAGCUGCAUCAGUGUGUGGACACGCUCAAGGAGCAUGUCGAAGCCGUGGAGCAGGUGACACAGCAGAAUCAGGCACAGGACAGCAACGAUCUGGACAAGUGGCACAGCUUUGAGGUGCUGCUGAAUGACGUGUCCACAGUCCUAGUGCAGCUGCAGCAGCGAUACGACAUGGUCACCAAUCAGGAGUAUCCGCUGUCCGCCAAACUCUCGCACUUGGACGAGCUGGAGCAGGAGCAUGAGCAGGCCCAGCAGCAGCUGGGACAUCUCCUGCAGAAUGCACGAGCCUUCCAGCGCGACUUCCCAGGCAAGAAGAUGCCACAGGAUGUACACAAUGCCUUCGAGACGAGCAAGAACAUUGGGAACAACAUCCAGGCCGAACGAGAGCGUCUCCUCCAACUGCAAUCCUUGGCAGAGGAGUACGAACAGACCCUCAAGGAGUUCACCAACAUCACGGUGCUCGCCGACAAACUUGUGGAGUGUCCCAUUGUGUCCAGUUCUUUGGAGCAGCUGAACAACGAAGUGCAGAAACAGCGAAAGUUCUUUGUGAACCUGAGCCACUGCCGCGCCAUGCUGGAGUCCCUCGAGGAGAACAUUGACACGGAGACCCGGGAGAAGCAUUCGGACCUGCACAAGGAGCUGUACAACCGAGCCACUCAGCUGCUGGACAAGGCCUCCGAACGAUCUUCGAAGCUGGUGCAGGCUGCCUCCCGUUGGACCGUCCUGGAGAAGGGAAUGCGCGACGAGUUGCAGUGGCUGCAAGUGGCCCAGCAGCGUGUGCCCGAUCUGUCGGCGGUGACAUCGGCGGACUACGACCAGUACACGACGCUCUACCAGUCCCUGAGCAACGACAUCUCCCAUCAUUAUGUUAAGAUGACCCAGCUCUCGGGGAUAGCCAACAAACUGCAGCAACUGGUGCAGGCGCCCAAUCUGGUCGAGGAAACCAACGAGGCGCUGAUUGUGCUACUGAAGCUGCGCGAAGAGGUGGCCCUGUACUUGCACCGCCUGCUGGUCUUCAAGGAGAUCUGGGUGCAGUACGAGCAGCAGACCGACAAGCUGGAGGCCUUCGUGCGCGAGGCGGAGCAGGAGCUGCGUCACAUUCAGAUACCGGCACAGCCCACGCAGCAGCCCAUCGAGCAUAUGCGUCAGUUCUGGGAGAUCAAGGCCCGGUUCGAGCUGCACAACAACGUACGCAACGAUGCCGGCCAUAGCUUUGAGAAAGCUCUGCAGGUUAUUCCGCUUGCGGAUGAGAUGCUGCAGCGGCAGUUCCAUGCCCAGCUGGAGGACCGCUGGCAUGCCGUGGCCCAGGCCAUCGAACAGAUCCAACACAAUAUUGUCGAGUGCCUGUCCUCAGAGGAUAUGCCAGCGGCGGAAAAACUGAAGCUGGUGGAGCGUGAGCUGCAGGAGAUCUACCUGACGAUGACCAGCAUGAAGGGCGUGAUCAAGAACGAGGAGGAGCUCUGUCUCUACAUCGAACGCGUUCAAGUGCUGCGCACACGCGUCGGCUUCAUUGGCAACGAACUGGGUCGCAUUGGACUCCAAGAGCCGGCGGCCAUCGAACCCGAGAAGAUCGGCGAGCUGUUUGCCCUGUCGCACAAGAUAACCACACAGAUAGCCGAGGAGUUGGAGGGUGCCUCCGUGCUGCGCGAUCAGCUGCAGGCCAUCCAGGAGGGGAUCAGCAACCAGCGCAAGCAUCAGGCCAAGAUCUCUGUCAUUCUGGAUGAAUGCGAGGCGGCCGAGCGCCAGGGAGCUGAUGUCCUCGAGAAGGCCGUCACCGACUGUCAGAAUGUGGGCGAGGACCUCGUCUCCAGCUGGCAGGAGAUCAUGCGCAUCCGCCAGAUGCUCCACACCCUGCCCAUGCGCCUCAAGAUGUCCGUGUCGCCGGUGAAGCUCGAGCGGGACAUAUCCCAACUCCAAGACGAUCAGACCUUCCUUGAGAGCAAGUGCACCAACAUUAUGGCCAUUCUACGCAAUCGCCUGGCCAUGUGGCUACGCUACGAACGUCAGUUGGAGCUGGUCCAUGGCUCAGUGCAGGAGACGGACUUUAUGAUGGAACUCAUUCGAGUGCACGGACAAGUGGACUAUGAGCGACUAAGGAAAGCCACCGAAAGAUUAGAGGGUCUGGCCGGCGAUCUACACAACCGCGAAGAACUGAUAGAUGAGCUUAAGGGCGCCGCCAAGCCCCUGAUCGAGAGCUGUGAUGUGCAAAUUGUCGAACAGAUCGAGUCGGCUGUGCAGGAUGCGGUAGUGGCCUGGAAUGACACCACCGAGAAUCUGCAGCAGCUCUGCACACGCUACCAGCGAGCCGUCGAACUCUGGGAUAAAUAUCGCAACGCCUCGGCGGCCGUUCAGAGUUCCAUUGACCAGCAAAUGGAUACGGUCAAGUCCUUGGAGCAGCCCUUGGACGCCCUACAACAUGCCAAGGCCUGCCAAGAUAAUCUGACCACACAAAAUGAUAGAAUCUUGGAACUGCGUGACAUUGUGGCCAAGAUAGCCGCCGAUGUGGGUCUGGAUGCCUCAGCCCUGAUGCAGGGCGAACUGGAUGCUUUGGGUCAACGUUUGGCUGAAUGCAAAGAUGCCAUCACCACACUCGCCAAUGUGGCCGAAACGCAAGACAAAGAGCGCAAAGAACUGGACAAGGAGGUGACACAGGCCAAGGUUUACUUCAAUAACGUGCAGCAGGACAUAUCACGUGAUGCACCGCAAACGCCCAGGGAAAGCGAGGAGCAGUUGGCGGCCCUGCGUGCCCAUCUACAGACGCUGGCCCGCACGGAGGAGCAGCUGCGGCAGCUGCGUGAACGCCAGCAGCAAAGCAAUGAAGUGGCGCCCGCAACUGGCGCCGAUGAUGGGAUACUGGAGGUGCUGGCCCUGUGGCAGAAGAUAUUCCAGGACACGUUCCAGGAGUACCAUCGCCUGUCGACGCGGCUGGCCCGCAGCCAGAACAGCUCGGAGGCACUGCGCCUGUGGCGUCAGUAUCUGCAGCAUGUCCAGUCCUUCCUCUCCUGUGCCAUACCCGAGGACUACAGCAGUCUGCGAGAGCAGCAGCAGCUGUGCGCCAUCCACCAGAACCUGCUCAUCUCGCAGCAGAGCGUGCUCGCGGAGACGCCACUCGAGUCGGAGCUCUCCGAGCAAUACAAGGCGCUGACCAAUCUGCACAACGAAACGCUGUCGCGGAUCAUGCAACGCAACGGGGAACUGGAGCGUCGUGUGAGCGGCUGGAACGCCUACCGCCAGCAGCUGGCGGCCCUGCUCGACUGGCUGCGACAGCGCGAGGCGGAGCGCAACAAUCUCCAGCUGCGCUACAUCCACCUCAAGCGGGUGCCGCACCUCAAGAGCCGCCUGGACGGUCUGCUCCAGCAGCUGGACCAGGGCGAGCAGCAGAGCAAGUCCCUGCAGGAGCAGCAGCAACAGCUGUCCCGUCACUGCGACGAGGCCCUGGCCACAGCCAUGCGCAUGGAGCAGGCCAGCAUCGGGCAGCGGAUUAACAAUCUGCGUGCCGCCCUCGAGACAUGGCAGGGAUUCCUGCACCGCAUCAGCCAGCUCUCGGAGACCUACGAGCAGCGUGUCCUGCAGCUCCAAAAAGAGUUUGGAGCAGCCCAGAAACUGCUGGACAGCAGCAGCGAACCACUGCCCACCCAGCCGGCGGCCAUUGAACAGCUGCUGCAAGCCCUGCGCGCACAGCGUGUCCAGUUGGGAGCACAGGUUCCGGCGCUGGAGAGCCUGAUGGUCACCCAGGAGGAGCUAAAGGAGUGCGUGAGCCCGCACGACAUGAAGACGGUCCGUCAGCGCAACUGGCUGUUGUGGCAACAGCACGCGGACCUCGACUACCAGCUGGCGAGCCUCAUCAACAGCAUCGACGAGCGCCUGUCCCUGCAAUCCAACUACCAGAUUCGCUACGGACGCAUCUCCCAGUGGCUGCAACGUCUCGAGCAGCGCGUCGAGCGCGAUGCCGAUGUCUCUGCCAUGGCCAACCCAGAGCAGGCAGCCAAGCAGCUGGAGCAGCAAGUCAAUGCAGAGCUGCAGCUGCGCGACAAGGAGCGCGAAUGGCUGCUGUCCACCAGUCGGGAGCUGCUCACGCUGUACGCCGAGGAGCCUGAGGUGCGGGCCCAGGUACAGCAGCAGAGCGAUUCCCUCAUCGAUCGCUGGCAACGACUUAAGUACCUGUGCAAGCAGCGAGCCACGAAGAUCGGGGAGCUUAAGAUGACGCUGCUGCGACUGGAGGAGAGGAUAGCCCUCAUCCGUGCCUGGCUUUUCGAAGUGGAGUCGCAGCUGGACAAACCCCUCAGCUUCGAGAGCUACACCCCGAACGUGAUCGAGGCCAAGCUGAAGGAGCACGAGCAAAUCCAGCGAUCCAUCGAACACCACAGCAGCAAUGUCGGCGAGGUCCUGAAUCUCGUCGAGAUGCUGUUGAACGAUGCUGAUAGCUGGCGCACUCAGGUGAACACCUCCGGCCUGGCCUCCUCCGCCCAGAAUCUGGAGCUGCGCUGGAAGAACGUGUGCAGCCAGUCCGCGGAGCGUAAGCAGCGCAUCCUCAGCAUCUGGAAUCUCCUGCAGAGUCUGAUCAAACAGACAGCCGAGCACAAGAACUGGCUGGGCAAGCAGGAGACCCAGCUGGCGGGCUACGAACGUGACCACAAGUCCAGCGGCAAGCAGAAGCUGGAGGAGCGCCAGAAGGAGCUACGCUCCAAGCUCGAUGAACUCGACAGCCAGUCAGUGAAUCUGCGGCAUCUGGAGCAGACCUACGCCAAGCUGACGAUGGGCACUGGUGUGGAGCCCGAGAACAUACAGAAACUCACGCUCCCUACCAAGGUGAUGCUGAGCAAGUGGCGCCAACUGACGCCCCGGUGUCAUGCCCUGCUCGAUGCCAUCGACAAGGAUGCAAAGGUGCUGCGAGAAUUCCAUACCGCCCAGCAGGAGGCCACUCAAUCCCUGACGGCCAUUCAGAAGGCCCUAGAGCAACUGCCCAGCGCAACAGCCGAGGAUCAACAGAACGGCAAGGCAGAGCCCAAGGCGGUGCUGCAGCGUUUGGAGAGCCUGGAGCGCAAGCUACAGGAUGCCCAAAAGCAUGUCCAGCAAGCGGAUGCCUUGGCGCAAGAGGCCAAAUCACGACCCAAGCAGCAGCAGCCGCAACUGAAGCAGAUGCUCGAACUGAUGACGGUCUACACCACACUCUGGCAGACGGUUCAGACGCGGAUCGUCACCCUGAAGACCAGUUGGCUGGCCAGAGCGGCACAAAGUGCUGCCGGAGCAGUCAACGAGGCGGCCAAUGCAGCCGUUCAGGUGAACACGCUGUCGCAACGGAAGAUGCGCCAGGCCCAGCAGAUGCAUCGCGAGACCUCCAUCACUGCCAAGGAUGCGUACAUCAUGGAGCUGCAGACGGCCAUUGCCGAGUGCCAGAACAAUCUGGACGAGCUGCAGCGCACGAUUGUGGACAAGACGCGCAAGCCGGGACCCCAGAAAAUAGCCAAGCUGCUGGGCAAUGCCCAGUCCUCCACGGAACUAGUCAAGCAUCUCAGCAAUCUGCUCCUAACCGAAUGCCAGGCCGACAACCAGGCCGCCCAGUCGGAAACCGUCUCAGAGCUCACGUUGCGCUUUGACACACUGCAAUCGCAGUGGAAGGCGCGACAGCAGCACGAUCAAAAUGCAAGGUGCCUACUACCUGCGUCCUACAAGUACAACUGCAUACACGAGGUCGGCCGUCUAACGUGUCCGCUCUGCACGCAACGCAACUGGCAGCAGAUCGACAACGAUCUGUGGCGCCUGGAGCAGUGGCUGCAGUUCGCCGAGAGCACCCAAAAGGCUCAAUCGACCCCACCGUCCAACAUUGAACUGCUGGAGGAUGUGACACAGGAUCAUCGCGAGUUCCUGCUGGAUCUAGAGAGUCACAAGUCGAUCAUCUCGUCGCUGAAUGUGGUCGGUGAUCAUCUGGCCACCCAUACCCUGGACACUGAGAAGGCCCGCCAGCUACGCUCUCGCCUCGAGGCGGAUAACGAGCGCUGGAACAAUGUCUGCAUCAAUGCCACCAAAUGGCAGGCUCUUCUCCAGACCGCCCUCAUGGGCAACAGUGAAUUCCAUCAGACCAUCGAUGAGCUGGUCGAUUGGCUGCAGCGAACCGAGCAGAACAUCAAGGCUUCCGAGCCCGUGGAUCUUACCGAGGAGCGUUCGGUCCUUGAAACCAAAUUCAAGAAAUUCAAGGAUCUGCGUGCCGAAUUGGAGCGCUGUGAGCCGCGUGUCGUGAGUCUACAGGAUGCCGCCGAUCAGCUACUGCGCUCUGUCGAAGGCUCUGAGGAACAGUCCCAACAUACCUAUGAAAGAACCCUUUCCAGAUUGACCGAUCUCCGUCUGCGUCUGCAAUCCCUGCGUCGCCUCUCCGGCAUCUACAUCGUCAAGCUGGGCGCAGUGCUCGGCUACGAGGGCGACAAUCUUGGUGUGCCGCUACACAUGUUGUCGAGUGAGCUUUUGGAUAAUACUACAUUAUCAACCUCUUCUAUGCAGGCCGCCGCACCAAACACAGAAAAUGCAAACAACACCGAUGGCGAUGCUGUCGAUGGCGAUGUCAUCAAUACCACGGUUCUGGCACGCGGUGCUCGCUUCCUAGGCCGCGUUGCCCGUGCCUCCCUGCCCAUACAGGCGCUCAUGCUGUUGCUUUUAGGUGUGGCAACUCUGGUGCCCCACGGUGAGGACUAUACGUGCAUGUUCUCCAACACAUUUGCCCGGAGUCUGGAACCUAUGCUGUCGUAUCCCCAUGGACCGCCGCCAACGUAAACCCCUAACUGUCAAACGCAAAUCAAAAAUCGAAACCAAAGCUGUCGAGUUGCAAUUGGAUUAGUGCAAGAAACAAAUUUAACAGACUAACUAACGCCCUAAAUAAUGAAAACAAAUUCAGACUAUAGCAUAACGAUGCCUUUUAUAAGAAAUUUCCUGUUUCAAAAUAUUUGGAUUAUGUAAAUUUUACUUUCCAACAGUUAUUGUAUUUAACCGUUUAGUAUGUUUAUAUAGCUAGAGGCAUUGAAUUCAAAUUAAAAUACAAAUCUGUAUCUGUACUGUACAUAAUGAUUAAAUCAAACCUACUCGUAUACCCCCAAAACAAAAACAACCCUAGACUCGACGAGCAUAAAGAAACACAACACAUGAAAGAAUGAUUGAAAGAUAGAAAGAAAGAAACUAUAUUCAAACUAACGACAAAGUAACGAAACACUUUUGUAAAACGAUAUAUACAUUAUACAUACAUAUAUAUUUGCACAGCAAACAAUUUAUAUAUUCAUAUAUAGACAUAUAUAUAUAUGAUCCCAGAACUAUAGAGAACCCAACAUUUUGUAUAUAAAAUACCUAAGCUAAAACGAAAUCAAAAUACGCACACGAAAAUUUUACUCAUAAGUGCACGCUCCCUUCAUUUAAAGAGCAGUUGCAGCAGCCAGCGGCUUGUGAAAACACGGUAUCGCGAAUCUCGUGGAACAUUUUUGCAUUAUCAUGGCCACAAGCCGUUGCUGUUGGCUAUCCAUCGGCUACGAAAGUUAACAAAAUCCCAAGACAAAUCAUGACCCACAUAGACCAAAUGCCUGGGAAAGCUAUUCAAAGACCAAUGCUUGGGAUCAGCUAAGCGUUUUUCUCCCAAAUUACAAGACGCCGCGGCUGACCCUAUACCAUUGGCCUUUGAAUAGACCCUGGCCCCCUGACAGUUGUCGUUGCCCAAGGAUACUCUUUACCAAACGGCCAAGCUCUCUCCCACGGCCCUGGUUAGAGGACAACUGAACUGCUUGAAGUGCACCAGCCACAGGAGCACAGUGCAGUUCCAAUCCUUAAACACCAACAAAGCAGCAGCGAAAACUAGAAGACAUUUUCAUGCAUUCCUGAUACUCAUUUCCAAAAUUAAAACCAUAGACAUGACUGUGCGAUGGUGCUGCCACUUUGAUGGAGAGGAGCGUGCGCAUCACGAGCAUUGAACAAAAACGAAGUAAGUGUCCUAUGCCGGUGCUAAGCCAACCAACAAAUUUUUCUAUAUAAAGAAAAUACUGUAAAAUGCGUAUACAAAAAUUGAAAUUAAAAACUAAAUAAAACAAAACAAAAAAAAACGGAAAAAUGCAAAUUGCAUAUAGAAAUGGCGUAAAGUCCAUCCAGUAAAAAAGAAAACAUUUUGUUGUUAAUAUUUUUUGAUAAAUACCUAAUUCUAUUUGCCUUAUACUUAUCAACUUGUUUAUUAAAUAUAUUUUUUUAUUAUUUAACGCUUGAGCAAUUAUUGAGUAAAUACAUACAUUUAUUUAUUAGACAUAUACGAUUUAUUAUGUAUUUAAUUAGGUUGAUUUAAAUGUUAAAUUUGUGUAUUUCGCUGCUUCUAUCCUGUUAACAAUGAAACGUUAUCAAAUUUAUAUAAUUUAUGUAGCAUUUUAAGAUUUCCUUUCUUGUGAACAACUGUACCUUUAUAUGCAUUAUGAUUAUUAAAGAAAAUUAAAAAAAAAUAAUUUUUGAAUGGUGUAUAAAAUCCAUAUUGAUAAUAGAUAGGUGCUUUCUUAUCGCGGGCAUCACGAACAGACGGCAGGUCAGU